CGUAGAGUAGGAGAACGCGUGCGUAUCAAGUCCCGAGUCCCGGCACCGCGACAAAUAGCCCGCCAGUUUACACCCGUGUGUUGCGACGCGCGCCAAAAUAUUCCGAGUGUUUAAUUAUAAACCGUAAUCCCGCGGAACAUAAUAUUAUUACAGAAUUUUUCGACCGCUCCGUGAUCGCGAUUCGUGCAGAUCGAAAUCAUUUUUACAAAUUCGUUAUUUAUACCGAUUGUUGCCGAUAUUGUUUUUGUAUUUUUGUAUGUGAAUUUCGAUUGUUUUUUUUCCCCGACCAAUAUUCGUCCCGCGUGACAAGUGAAAAAGUAUAUCAUAGAAUAUAAUAUACUAUCAUCUCGUCUAUAUUCAAUAAAUUAGGUAUAUAAGUUUGUCUUUUGCAGUACACAAAUAAUAUUUACUAGAUAGGUGAGUCCGAUAUAUUAUCAUAAUUUUUUCAGAUACCUAUUAUACUAUAUUAUUUUAAGCGCAUUUUUUUUACCGCAUAAAUUAAGGUAUAAGCACCCAGUAAAAAAAUAUAAAAUACAUAACAUAGCGGUAAAAGUAAAAACUAAAUAAUUAUUGUGCCUAUACUACAUGGAUAUGAAUUAACUAUAAAGUAUUUUUAUAAUGAAUGAUAAUUGAUAUAUGGAUCAGUGAUAUAAAUGCUAUUCUAAAUAUAACCAAAUUGAUUUAUAAGGAUAAUUUAUUUAUAAUUGCAAUGCCUAUAGAAAUAAAACAUCCUUCACAAACCAAAAAAUAAUAACGAUAGCAGUGGAAUGAUGGAUUACAUACAUGCCUACCUAAAUAAUAUUAUGAGUAUUUGGAUUUAUUCAAAAACGAACGGCCAAUUUUAGGCGAAUUAGUGAUUUGGAUAUAGUUUUGAAUAUUUUCUUGAAUAAAAAAACGGGUACCAUAUAUAGGCGAUUCCGGAUUAAGGGGGGCCAGGGAGGAGCAGGGGGCCACAUCUUCCGGUCAUGUGGAAAUAAAGGGCCCGUUGUGACGUCAUGUAUACAUGUAAAAUGUUCAUUUGACAAUUUUCUAGUACUUAAACGUUAAAAAGUUCGGCCGCGGAAUGUAUUCAUUUUUAAAUAUUAAGCAUAAAAUAUAUUAUUAGGUAUUCUUUUUCAAACAAAUAUUUGGUACUUAAGUACUUCAUGAACAAUAUUUUUAAUUAAAAUUAAUAAUAAUUAUAUAAAUUAUUGUACAAAAGAUAAGCGAGUCAUCUAGGUAUAAUAUGAUCACAGUGUGGCGAGUAUUGAAGUCUUAUUUGUGCGCAUUUAUUAAAAACCGAAACAUUCACGAACAGUUAACUAAAACCUUUAAAACAUUUAGUUUUAAGGUUUUACACAUUAGUUUUUAUGUAGGUAGGUAAUUUAGGUAUGCAUAUUAGUAUUUAGGAAUAGGGUAAUAAUUUAUAGUUGGCAAUGAAGUGUACGAAUACUUAUUCCCAAUUAUUCGUUUUUGUGUUCUCCGUUCAUGUAAAAUAAUAAUAUCUAUUAUACAAUUUAUAGGUAGCGAUAUAAUUUACCUAUUUAUCACGGUUUUGUUGUACGUCUAUUUAUAUAAUGUGCACACGCAUAAACAUAAUAUUAUGAGUAAACAUAAAAAAAAAAAAUUCAAAUUGUAAUAGUUACGUAGACUUGAAACGGCGGACAACGCAUUGGUUCCGAACAAAAAAAAAAAACACCAAAAUUCCCGUGGGCAGUUUUCUGUAAUUUAUACGCGGCUCUGUACCGCGUAUUACCUACCACGCGGGCGUCAUCAGUCACACACGAAAAUAUCGGAUUCAAUUGUGCGCACCUCCGUACCUACUUAACUAUAUUUUUAGUACCUACCUACUAGCCUACCUAAUAAUAAUAAUAAUAAUAAUAAUAAUAAUAAUAAUACGUUAUCGGGAUGAAGUCAUUUGUUCGACGUCGAUUGCACCUAAUACCUGUAACACCGCUGUGCGCGGUACGGGCGUGCGGCGCGCUGCCUUAAUCGCCCACACGGUCGACACGGUCGUCGUUUGAUAUUACGAGUAUUAUUAUUAUUGUGUUGCAUUAUUAUAAUCGUCGAAAAAUUCGUUACUCUUAGGUGUAAAGAGGUGUCAUUUGGUCGGCGGCGGCGUAGGCAUAAUAUUUGUAUGCGUAUCGUCGUCACCCGAUCACUGUUGGUAUAGAAAUAAUGUGUAUGCGUCACAUAUUAUAGGUAUAAUUAUUGUUAUAGUAUUUGGCCCACUGCGAGCCGAUUAGUAUAAGGUGAUUAGGUGGGAACAGGUUGAUAUACGUACCUACAUAAAAUCCGCGUAUGGACGCUACAUAAUGUCAAAAAACACCCAAUAAAAUAGCACUUAAAAAUAUUAAAUAAAACGAAAAUAGUAAAAGGGUUUCUCCUCUAAAGGCUAUAACUUAUAAAACCAACCAACUUAUAAUUUUCUGACUUAUUUUUUUCCUUAUAAUAUGUAUCAUUUUAUUUUUUUAAAAAAAAAUUACUUUGUGUUAAUCAUUUUCGUCGUGUUAGACAAUUGUAUCUUGUAAGUAAGAGCCGUUAGAGGAGGAGUGGACUUUUAAACCCCCUCUAUCAUUUUUGCUUUUUUAAAUAUUUUUUUUCAAGAACCUUUUUGAUGUUUUCAUACACUUUUUAUGGAUUUUAAAUGCAUUUAAAUCCGUUCCUUAGUGUUUAAGAAAAUAUAUAAGUAAAAACCCAGAGGGGAAAAACUGUAUUAUAAAUACCUGCCACAUAAUAUAUAUAUAUAUAUAUAUAUAUAAGUAUAUUAAGCCAAAAAUGAAUAAUAUUUAAAAAAUGAGACAAAAUACCUAGUAUACAUUAUGUAUAUAAAAGUGAUAAACAAAAAUAGGUAUACGAUAUUAAAUUAUUAUAUUAUAUAUAAUACGCAUUAGGUACGUUUCAAAAAUAUAUAUUUUUCAAUAGGUCGCAUUUUCUUUAUAUUCAUAGUAUUCAUUUUCAGGGCAAGCAUAUCAGGCAAGGAUCUAGUGUUUAUUACAAUUUUUAAAUGCAAAUAUUUGUAUCUAUAUAGUGGUGUAUAGAUUAGGCCAAUAAAUAAUUAAAGUUUUGCGCCCCAUCUUCCAUGUCCUGAAACACAUUUUUUUUAUGUAAUUGGAAAAAAAGUAUAUAUAUAUAUAUAUGUAUAUAAACUUAUUUAAUUAUAAAUCAUGUUUUAAACAAUUUAUUUUAAGUAAUCAUAAAUCUGGCUCUGACCCUUUCGUAAAGGAUUCGCUUUUGGGCUGAAACUGUGCGUGUACUUUUAUGUAUGUAUAUUUGUUUGAAAUUGAACAUCUGAGCAUGCGACACGUAAAGAAAUUACAUUUUCCAUGCGAUAAUAAUUAGUCAUGAGAAUUAUGAUCAUUUUAGAAUAGUUCUGUGGCGUAAUAAAGUCAUUUUUUAAUGUUCAUAUGACUAUAUAAAAUAAGACUAUUUUUUUUUUUACUUAUAAUCCGAUAUUCUUGAUUUUUGCAGUAAUAAUAUAAUAUAUUAGUUGAUGGUCAUUCAAUUUUUCUCUGCAUAUAUAAAUGAAAUGUCUUCUUCAAUACUUUGAUACCAGAAACCAUUUCUAAAAUUGAUUAUUGGGGUAAAAUUUCUGAUAAAAAGAAAAAGAAAAAAAUACACGAUAUGCUAAGAAUCUAUUAAAAAAUAUAUUUGGCCCAAUGAGCUAAUGAAUUCGCAUGCAUUUCCCUCAAGGCCAAAAUCGAAAAAAGACCUAUCACUAUUCGUUCAGUUGUUUAUAAAUGUAUAUUUUUACAAUUAUUCAAUUACCAGCCGUUUAGUAUAAAUUGUGCGAACACGUUAGUUUUGAAUUCUUUAUUUUUUACGUCUAUAUAGUAUGAUUUAUAAUAAUCGACGUGAUUUUACUACAAAUUGUAUAUUUUAUCGUUUUUUCGGAUUUGUUUUUUGGCACUUCCUCUCAAAGCUUCCGGUUUUUGUAACUAUUUUGGCAUGUGUGUCAUGAGUACCUGUAUAUAAAAAAUAAUGUUAUUUCAUCGCAAUACAUUCAAAACAAAGCAUUUUGUUUUCUAUAAAAAUGUUAUGUUUUUUGUUAAAAAUUGUUUUCCAUUAAUACGAUUUUAAUCAUCGCUUAAUAAUAUUGAUAAACACUGUUGCGUUUAUAUUGAUGCAUCGUGCGUUCAUGCAUGAUGUCAACGCAUGCAUAGAGCCUUGUAUAUAAAUAGGUACUCCUACACUAUAUGUAGUGUGACUAAUUUUACUGAUUCGUUGUAAAAUAACUAAAUACUAUUUUAAUGAGUAAUAAUAUUUAUGUCGGUAAUAUUUGUAUAAAUUAUUCGAUAUUUUUAAGUUCAAAUAUUUACUUUAAGUAUUAUUCAAGUAAGUAGUAAGUACGUAUACCGUAGAUUAAAUAUACUAAAAAUGUAGGUAUGUAUGUAUGUAUGUAGGUAUAAUAUGCUUAUAUUUAAACUUAAAUAAUUUCAUAUUAAUUUUAUUAGAAAACAUAAUGCAUUUAUUUAUUGUUAAUAAUUUGAAUUAUAUUAUGUUGUACUUAACUGUGUGUUAACUUUAUAAACAGGAAUUUAGAAUUUUUUUAGUCAAGAGUCUAUUUAAAUAAUAUUUUUUAAUCACUUGUUUAUCUAUAUUCUGAAGUUUACCUAUUAUAAAAACAAUACCAGAUACCAAUUAUUAAACCUGUUUAAACUUUUUAAAAGCUUGUAUUGGUAUUGAUAUUAUAGAUUUACUAAAAGGUCUAAAAUGCCAGUAUCCAAAUAAAAAUAAUAAUUUCUAAAAUACUAAAAAUUAUGUUAAAAUGUAUAACAUGUGUGCGUCUAUCUGUAACGUGGGUGGUUAGAUGAGAGAAAUGAAGGGAAUAUACCCCUCAUGAUUUUUUUAUCUUCAAAUGUAUAAUAUGUAUUAUAAUUUUGAUUAUAAAUUAUUAAAGGUAUUAAUUAUCUAUGUAUUUAUAUACAAAAAUUCAAAUAUUGUAAAUUGGUAUAAUAAUUAUUGUCAAAAUUUGAUAUAAAUUCAACCCUUUCUAAAAUAAAAUCAUUUGAUCGCAACUGAUCUGUAAUCUAUAUUUUACAUAAAUAUUAUAACAUUAAUAUGAUUCAUCGGAAUGGAUGACGAUAAUAUUACGUUUAGUCGUCUAAAUAACAUUACAUGGCUAUAUUUUAUAAUAUGUGUAUUAUAGCAGUAUAGCAUUAUAAUACAGUGUCUAUGGAGUGUGGAAAAAUACACAUAGGUACUCAUCGUUGCACGUCUACACGCUCAAUAGUCUACACCGAACAGGGUAAUAUUGUUGGUCACGAUUAGGUCAAAUGUUAAGUAUGGAGCUUCUUAUCGAAUACAUCACUUGCUUACGGUUGGGUAGAAACCUGAAAAGUAUCAAAUUGAUUUAUUGUAACUUAUAUAAUCAAGCCAACGAUAAUAAAAUAAUAUAUGCCUCUGAAAUUGAAUCCGUGUGUGUAAGAAAUAGUUUUAGUGUAGGGAAAAAUCAUUUUGCUACUGAAUAUUUAAUGUAAAUAAUUACUGAUUAUUAAUUUAUUAAAUUUUAGUCGUAGGUAUUGAUAUUACCACCAUACGUUUUACAAUUACUUAUUUAAAAAUAAAAAGUACCCACAAGAAAUUUUAACUCUAACUAAAAUAAUAUGUAAGUUAGGUUACGUUAAAUCAAGCUACAAUUUUUUACAAUUUUUUUCAGGGUUUGCAUAACUUUUUUAUGCAUUAUCAGUUCAUUGUCUUAUGAAUUAAAAAAUAUUAGUUUAUUUAUUUAUUUUAUUUUUAUUAAUUUAAUACGGGCAUAGUUUAAGUAUAUUUUAAAAACUUUAAUGUGUUAGUCAUUAGAUCCUAAGAGGAGUGAGGUUAAACAGGUUUGGUUUAGCUGAGAGAUGAAGAUCCGACAUAUCGAAGCUGGAUUUCUUAAUUUAUAUUUCUGUAUGAGGGCUUUUAGUAUAUAAGUUAAAUAAUUAUUCUAUAACCUUGUACCUACUUAAUGAACUUCCCACUUACAACAGUGGUCUACCCAUGGUGUGAAGUAUGUCUGGAUCUUUUUCUUUAUAUUAAUAAUUAUAUAUCACUAAUUUUUCUUUCUAUUAGAGACACGGUUGUAUUUGUUUACUGAGUUAUAUUCGGUUAUUUUGUUUUUCGAACCAUUAUUAUUAUUGUUUAUAAUUCGACGGGGUUCAUCGAGUUCUGACGUCUGAACGAAUUUGAUGUCUACGAAAAAAAGAAUGUACUGAACACCCAACUGGGCGCACACAUGUCAACAGCUGUAGUAUCACACCUGUCUUCUUUUUAAAUUUAAUUUUAAUAAUAGAUUAUUCAUUCAAUAAUGAUACGACUAGCGUAAGUCUUAUUAAGUAUUAUAUUUUUCUUGUGAAAUGUAAUAUAUAUAUUCUAAUUUCCAAGGUAUUUGUAUAAAUAAGUAAACUAUAUGAGUGGCGGAUUUGUAGGGAAGGGAGCCGUGCUAAAUUCCAAAAAAAAAAAAUUUUAAAAAAGAGAAAAGGUAGGUAUUUUAGCUACUAAAUAAUAAUACAUUAUAUCCUUUUAUAGUUACAGUUACUAUAUAAUAUAAUAUAAUAUUAGUUUACAUGAUUUACUGUUUAAUUGAAUAUUCUCGUUACUUAUAUUUUUGUGUAUUACGCCAGUGCCUAGUACCUACGUAUGUUGUUUUCCGAUUAGAAGUUUCAAUUUAGGACUCGCGUGGUUUACUAUUUCUUUGUCUAAUUAAGAUGAUUUCUUAUCAACUCUACUGCCCUACAACUUACUUCAAUGCUUAUUGGUGUUAUUUAAGUUUACUACAGAAAUUAUGUUCGUGCAGAUGACUAAUAUACAACUUUACAUUUACUAUUUAUAAUUUACUAACUGAAUUACCCGGUGUUUCCUAGGUUCAACUUUAUCCAUAUCACAGCCAAUAGUUGAAUUUCGAGAUUAAUAGUAAAUAGUGAUCUUCCUCUUGUUUUUAAUCUCAAUGCAAAGUUUUAUCCAAAUCGUAAUAAAAUUGUAGAUUCGUAUACAAAUUUAAAAAGCCAAUAGAUACAAAUCUAACUUUAUUUUAUGUAUAUUAUAAUUGGUAUAUGGACAAGUUUUCAAUGCUGGAUAAUUUAUAUUAUUACUUUUUGUAUUUAACACGGGCAAUGCGCGAGGGGCUGAUGCCUUGGAUACGCAACUGCUGGUAUACACUGGUAUAACAAAUAUAACAAAUUUCAACUAUAUACUCGUAUUUUAUAUUAAGCAGCUGACCGGUUAUGCUUUGCUAUUGCUACAUACCCAAACUAAAUAGGAAAUAAAACAUUUAGACUAUUAACUUGUUAUCUAUGAGAAUCGUUUUGCAAAAAAAACGAAUGGUGGUAGAGGGCAGUUCUUUAAAAAUAAUUUUUCGAACAAAUACCGUGAUUAUAGACCACAGAUUAAGACGUAUCCAUGGUACAAAAUUGUGUAGGUAUACAGGGUUAUCCAUAUAAGUGAGUACACUUAUUAUCUCGGAAAUUAUUAACAUUAUUCGGAAUUUGUUUUCCAGAACAUUUAAGAAACAAACAGCUCUACAGUUUUAUAUUUAUGUUAUUUUUUGUCAGCCUUAUUUUUGUGAGUUAAAUCACUAGGUACCUACUUUUACUCUACUACUCUCCUCCAACCCAAACUUAAAAGUUGAAUAUCUUGUCAACGGAAAUCAAAAAUGUUAACAUUAAAAUUUAUUUUAAAUAAUACUCCAUCUAUUUAUGAAAUAUUUAAUAUUGGUUGCAAUUUGAAAAUCAAAAGUAAGUGGUGGUUUUACCCCCGAAAAUAAGGGUGACAAAAAAUAACACAAAUUUACUAUCGUAGAGCAGUUUGUUUCUUAAAUAUUCCAAACAAAUUUCCAGAAAAAGUUAAUACUUUCUGAGAUUAUAAGUGUACCCAUUUAAAUGAAUCAAAGGUACAUAAUAUGUAAUAUAUUGUGUAUAAAAAUGAAAAAUAUUUUCCCAAGCAUUUUAUCAAACUAUGUGAAUAAAAAUAAAACUCGUAACACAAAUGUAUGUAUAGUAUACAUUGUAUAUUGUUGAAUUUUAAAUUUUACCUAAUUAUUAUUGUUUUAGAUUCUAAGUGAAGCGAGGAAUGUAUUGGUCUUACACCAACUUUUUAAAACAUGUAUAACCGAAUUCCGCUCAGGAUUGUUUUUCGAUUAAUCGGUGCAUAUUGAUGUACUAUAUACACAAAAUUCACUUCUAUAUUCACCCAUCGUGCGAAGUAUGUUCGUAGUCCGUCUUUUUAAAAUUUAAAAUCGAUUUGUGUAAGGAAAUUAUAAAACAAUUAUAUAAAUUAUCGAUUUUAAUUUUUUCAAUUCCAAUAUAAAUUUUGAAUAUUAUUUAAAAAUGUUUUUGAUUUUGAUAUUAUUUUCGAUUUUUAUUGAUUUAUCCAUGUUUAAAAUCGAAUUUGAAAUCGAUUUCAAACUCUGCUUUUAAAUUCUUUUAAAUGUAAGUAUUAUAGGUGUAUUUUAGUGCUAUAUUUUUACUUUAGGAUGUAAUUUACUAUAAUAAUAUGUAUAUUUAAAAAAAAUAAGUUAAUAAUUGUGUUAUGUAAUUAUGUUUAUGGUCCCUACCCCCAAAGUAAAACCCAUAAAGCUAUAACUGAACUAUAAUUGUAGAUUAUGAAUAUAUUAACUAUUUAUUAUGUUUCCAAUUUUUAAUACGAAUUAUAUUUUUUUUAUUGAAAUUUGGUACUUUUUAUUAGCGUUUUAGCUGUUAACUUCAUGACUGAUCGUGAUGAAUAAGUUGAAUCACGUUUUAAAUUUAAACCUUUGCGAAAUGGACGUUAGCCAAAUUGAGUACUUGGCCAAAAUUACUAAACUGUAUACCAAAUAAUCAUGAAUGAAAUAUAAGCUUAUCUGGUAUAGAAGUCCUGUAUAUUUUGAAAUGUCAAUUGAAACUAGAAGCCGUAUAUAGGUCACGAUAAUAAAUGUUUACAAUUCAUUUAUCGCUCUGGAAGUGUCGUGUUCUCAAUAAAAUCAAUGACCUUAACGAAUAAAGUAUUUAUUACGUUCCGUGUAAAUCUAACCUAUAUAUGUACGGAAUUACUAAAUUACCAAUAUUAUUUUAAUAUUUAAUUAUUUAGUUAUUAUUUAUGAUUGUUGAACGCAAAUGUAAUAUAUACCUAAUAACAGCGUACACUAAACAAAUACAAAAAAAAAAAAAUAAUGUGUGCAAUUUAAAACGUGGCCAAUCGAUUUUUAAUAGUUUUGUUAUUAAAUUUUAAAGGUUUGUAAAAAAAAACUCUGUUAAACUAAGAAAUAAAACUGAACAUCCCAUACAUGGUCUUAGACAUAAUAUUUUUUUGUAAUUGGAUGUGUGGGUAGUACACCUACGGUGGAGUAUGUUUUAAUGUAGAGUUAUUAUAACAAAGAUAUACAAGUCCGUAAAGACAAAAAUAUUACCAUAAUAUAUAAAUUGCUAAUGUUUAGAUUACUUAUUUUUAUUAUAAUGGAAAUGGAAUAUGUGGCGUAGCCGGAAAUAAUUUCGGAGAGGGAGGAGGAUAUAACCCUUAACCUCCUUCUACUUCCUUUCGGCUACACAACUGCAUUUCGUAGUCAUAAUUUAUCACAGUGUUUAACGAAUAAAUAUAAGAAAAUAUUGUAAUGAAAUAUUUCACUCACAUGUUAAUCAAAACAUUAUUAAAAUACAUUCGAGUUCUGGUGAAUUAUUAACUAAUGAUACGCAGGUAAUUGAAUUUUUACACGUUAAUGUAUAUUUCAAAAGGUUCAAAUCACAGAACAAAAAUAUACUCGCGAGCAGCAGAGCUCCGAUACUAUACAUUCGAGUUUUCCUCCAUCUAUUCUAUACACAGUAGCAACCGUUUGACAUUCAAGAAAAUUGUUAAAAAAAAUCGUAAUAAUCAAUUAUAACCAAAAUUCUAAAAUAAAAUUUAAAAACUUGAUUAUGUAUAUGUAUUUAUGUGUACAUAAUAUUGUACAGUAAUAGCAAUAGAAAUAGUAUUACAACGAAUGUGUUUUUUUUUAUUACGAAAUCGUGACUUCAAAACAUAGAGAAAAAAAUAAAAUAAAAAGAAGUUGUAUAAUCAAAAUUAAAUACAGUUUAAUAAAGUCAUUAUAAGUAACGUAUUUUUCCAAUAUAACCAAAAAUAACCUUCAAAACAUUCGUAUAUAGCCAUUAUACAGAUGUUAUAAUAAUGUAUACAAAUUAUUAGUACAUAUAAUAUAGGGGUUUUGUCUGAUCGUUCAUUUUUAAAGUCAUUACACCCGAUAUGUCACUACAACCAGUAUCAUUAUAAACGGUUUCUACUGUAAUAGAAUUAUUUAUGAAAAACAAUAAAUAAUCGAUUACUAUAAUACAAUACUAUAUAGUAUAUACUAUUUUCGAUUAUACUAAUUCCAGAAAAAAAAAAUGGUGAAAUUUGAUUAUAAAUAUGGCAGGAGUGAGGAUUGAAGGUUGAAACCACUAAAAGACAAAUCUUUGAUACUAACGCCAUGCAUACAUAACAUUUCAUCACCUAUCAUCAUAGUUAUUUGAGGAAUCUUUAAGGGUGUUUAAAGCCAAAAAAAAAAUAGGCUCCAUCUGAAACAACAUGAUUAAAUAAUUUAACCAUUAUUCAUAUAGAAAUUCAUCCCAAAUUUUAUCAUUUCAAUUCGGUUACAAAAAAAUUCUAAUUCCCGAGUUUGAGAUAAUUUGGUGCAGAAGGAGCCGCUAAAAAUUUGAAAAAGUAACGGAAAAAAUAUAUUAUAUAAUGCAAUAGUAAUAGAUGCAAUAGUUUCUAUUUUCGGGGAAAAUUCGACAAAAAAAAAAAAUAUUAAACAUUUCCUCCUCGUUGUCUUGUGGUUGUGAUAAUAUAAUAAAUAGUCAUAACCUUUGAUUUGUGUCGGUGUCUAUUUUUAUUUAUUUUGUCGAUAACUACAAUAUAUUAUUAUAAUGAUUUAUAUUACGAUCACUGCAGUGGUGGUUAUUUUACAUAUAGAGUGAUAAAAUAAUCAAAUAAAGAACGAUAGGUACGUAAUCCACUGGAAAUCUACAACCGUAUACACCCGAUGAUAUAUUAUUAUGAGAAUGUGUAUGUCGAGGUAUUACCUAUCGAUUCUCGUGCGGAUUUAUGGAAAACGAACCUAUUCGGUUUUCCGCCGCAGAGCAGUGAUCACGACACAUCCGUUACUUGUCACGCGCGUCGCCAUUCUUUUUCUCCCCGUUACAAACCUGACCACGACGUCGAUCGAACCUAAUAAUAUAUUAUAAAUUAUAAUAUACGUAUAUUUCAUUAUUAUUACGGCGAUUAUGAUUAUGCACGGCCUAACGUAGACGACAACGUGGUUCUUGUUCGAGACGACGACGACGGGUCCCUGUGCGCGGGUAGACCGCAUAGGUACGACUGGUGGUGUGAUUGGAGGGGGGGUUGUUUAAAAAAAGUCUUUACCACGGAGAGGGAAUGAUAACAAUCGCCGUACAUGGCCCGUGGGAAUGAAAUGUUGUGCACACCGUUUCUCCUGGUAAAUAUGGAAAUAUUGUACGCGCCGCGCUGUCGUCGCCUCGAACACACGUUUUCGCGAGAUUCUGGCGGAUAUAUUUUUCUCGAUCGACUGCCGGCGAUCUUUGUCACGUAAAACGUGUUUCACAAGCUAUAUAGUUACAAACGUUUUUAUAAUAAUAAUAAUAAUAAUAAUAAUAAUAAUAAUAAUAGUAAUAGUAAUAAUAAUAGUAAUAGUAAUAAUAAUUUAUAAUGUAAACCUCUCAGUAGUCAGCAGUCUUAGCGCGAGUCGGGCGGCUGGGACCGCGGCUCGACUGUCGCGCUCGCGUCGCCGUCGUCGCUCGGACCGCUCGAUUGUUUUAUUUUUGUAUUUAAUGUGUUUCGCCAGUAUCGGUGCUCGCUUAUCUAUACUUAUUUGUCAUUAUAGAUAAAUAGGACCAUGAACAUUAAGAACGUACUAUUUACUCGUCUAUAAAUUAUUAUCUUCGGUGAAUUACACGACGCAAAACGAUACAUUAUUAGUAUUCAUCUGUAUUUAUAUUAUAUAAUUAUGUAUAAUAAUAAUAUGUGUAUCAUAACAAAACAGAUAGGUAUACUAUCAAUUUUGUAAUAGGUACGUAACAUUCGAGACCGUCCCUUCCACAAAAAUAAAUUAUUUGUUCUCCAUUUUUGUGUUACUGUAUUAUUCUAUCUAUAAUAAUGGUAUUCUAUACGUCUGUACUGAACAAAUUAAUAUUUUUCAACUAGAAUUUUAAAUAUUUAUUCGCAUUAUGACAAAACAGUAAGUAGAACAGAUAAAACAAACGAAUACUCGUUUUAAUUGUGAUAAUUUAAUCUGUAAAUGUUGAUUUUUUUCAAGUACAUUUAAGGUUAUUAGUUAUAUAUUUUUAUACAUUUUUUAAGUACAAAAUUAAUGGAUAAAGAUAUUAACUAUGUUAACACAGUUGAAAAAUCAUAGUAUAAAAUGCAUAGAUACAAAUGUAUAUAAAUAUAUAGGUAUAUUAUAAUGUAAAUUAAAUUUGUUUAAAUCUUAUUAAUAAUAAUGAUAUUUUAAAUCUAUGGUAGAAACACAAAUAAGCGGGAAAAUAUAGACCAAACAAAUCAGAACAACUUAUACGUUACAGUUCUGGACGAAGAGCGGAAGUGCGCGUUUUCGUCUAAAAUACGAUUUGUUGAUAGCAUACCUAUCUAUUUUAUUAUGAUGUAUAUUAUAUCGUGGAUUUAAACCUAACCCACCUAGUAUCUAUAAUAGGUAUAUUAUUAUUAUUAGUAUUAGGUAUAAUUUUACAAACUGUCAUAAUAAGUGAUUUCUUGAAUAAAUAUACAUUCGGAUACCUACAAUAAUAUGAUGAUGACGCACGAUUUUCGCUGUUUUUUUCGACCGUGCCAAGUGUGCCAGACCAGACCAUUAAAUUUAUAUUGAUUGAUGGAUUAUUAUAAUAUAAUAAAUAAUGCUAUAGAUAUUAUUUUACAUGUAUUACAUAGUAUUAAGUACAUUACCAAUAAUUUGUUGUUGUACACAGAAAUCAUAUUAUUACCUGACCUAUACUAAAUAAGACAUACCUAAGUGACGUAGAAUUGUUAUUAUCUUCGCGAGUUUUAACGAGUACAUGCAAUAAUAAUAAUAAUUAUUGUUUGGUACGUACGGUUCUUUAUAAUAUAAGGGGCCGUGAUGACGAUACAAUCAAGUUAUAAUAGUUGGUAGAUGUAUAGAAUUAUAAAGAAGAAAAAAAAUAGUUGAUAUUGCUGAUGGGUGUGCCACUGUUGUAGAUGGGAAGUUUGGAAGGCAGGAUACAUAUAUAGUUAUUUAAUUUAUACCUGUAUGCAACGAUAAAUCAUUGUUGAGGAAGUACGAUUCUGGACGAAGUUCGUUUAAAUAUGUUUUGUAAUGCCGUCAUUUAUCAUCAAAAUUUAAACUCUUAGUGCUAAUAAAAAUCUGAUAAAUUACGCUAAAUUGUUUUUUCUUAAUAAGUAAAACUUAAAAUGAUUCUUAUGUUAAAUUUUCGAGCAUUUCUAUUUGGCCAAAACAUUUUUGUCUACAUAAAAUCAAAUAAAACUAAACAAAAUAAAAAAUUUCAAAUCCUUAUAAAUAACUCAAAAAGUGUUAGAAUAUUUUACCAUGUUAAAAUUUCAGGUUUCUACGAUUAUUUUUAACCUAAUUAAAACCGAAAAACAGAAUCGAAAAUAGUGAAACCAUCAUUUUUGUAAACUUUCCCGUUUUUCUAGGUUUUCCCCAGUUAUUUAGAAAACUAAAGACAAAUAAAAAAAACAACUUCUCAAUAAAAUAACUUGAUUCAAAAUGCUAUAAACAAGGUGUUUUAUUGUUUUGUGAUUGGAGUAAGUUUUCUGGUCGAAAAGUUGUUAACAGACAGAAAAAAAAACACAUAUUGUUUAGUAAAACUAAUAAACAACUUCUUUUUUAAGAAAAUUAAAUUAAUUCCCUUACUUACUCAUUGUAUUUUAUCAGUUUAUGGUAAACUAUAGUAAUAUAAUUACUAAAUUAUUUUUGAAGCGAACUUAUAAUAAAUUAAUAACAUAAUCUUUAUAAAACAUUUAGGAAUUAACAUUUUGUUUUGUUUUUAGUGAACUCAAAACUAUAUUACUGCAGUCUAUUAUGUAUCUAUAUACAAAUAUAAAUAAUACAUUAGCUAUUAUUAUUAAAUGUGUUAACUUUUAAAAUUAAGUUAUUGUUUUUAUAAAAUACCUAUAAGGCAGACGCGUGACGGUAGUAAGUAAGAAAUUAUAGACAUCCAUAAUAAACAAACAUUAUUAUAUAGAUCACAUCUUCAAGGCUGUAUUAUCAUAAUACACGUUAACAUUUAUACAUAUAUAUAUAUAUAAAUAUAAUGAUUUAUAAUAAACUAUACGUUAUAUGUAUAGUGUUCAUUAUUUUAGAUGAAUAUUUAUUAGUAUUUAUUACUCAGAAGAAAAUAAUAUUUGUAUAGGUAGGUACAUUGGUGCCACUAACUAUAUGUACCUAUAGACUAUAGGUAUUACAUAUUUAUUUAUAGCCUUAAGGGUAUCUAUGGGUAAAUAAUAAUCGAUAAAUAUUCUAUAACUGUAAAGUUCCGAGUACGAUGAAUUCUAUAUCAACAGUAGUUUUCCUGGAUUAAAAAAAUUAUAAAUUGAAAAUUUCAUUUGAAAUGCAUUUGGAUAACUUAUAAUCCCUUAUUUGAUGUUUACAAAUAUCAUACAAAUAUAUCUAAAUGAGAAAAAAAAAACAAAAAGCUUGUUUUUGUAUUUAUUUGAACAAGUCUAUGAAAUAUGAUAAUCAAACUGAAUGGUCAUAGUCAUACCUCGUGAAUUAUUUUAAUAUGUUGAAAGCAGAACGAGGAAAAUACUUUUUUCGUUAAAAGAGGAUUUCGAUAUUUUCAAGAUGACAGAAUUUAACUUAAUAAGAUAAGUAUGUCGUUUAAUAUGCAUUUGAUCUGGAUCAGUGACCCCUAAAAUGAAUAUUCAAUUUUUUAUCUACUUCCAAGUAUAAAUUUAAUUUUCACGUAUAGAUUACUAUAGAAAAAAAAAACUAGGUACUUGUAAGAUUAAUUUAGAAUUUAUGCAUUACUACUAGUUGUCUCGAUCCCGGCGUUGCCCGUGCCAAUUAUUAUUAUUAUUAUUUUACCCAUAUUCAUUUUUGAUUUUGGCCGUGUUAAAAUUGAGUGAGAACAAAUAGGUGGAAAGUGGGUAGUCCACCGAUUUAUUCGGUGGAAUAAAUGUGUUCUAUUGUGAAAUUUUAAUAAUGUAAAUAAUAAUUAUAAUAUUUAGUUUUCUUUUCCGUGACAGCCCUUGAAUAAACAAAAAUCGUAUAUAAAUAAAACAAAGUCGGGUUAGUUACACCAUUUAUAACUCAAGAACGACUGGACCGAUUUUGAUGAUCACAUGACAUUUUCCGACUGAUUUCUUAUAAUAAUUAAUCAAUAUUUUUUUCCAUCGCUGUUACCGGGGUAACACAAAUAAACAAAAAAAAAAAUGUAUUUAUUACAUUAUACUCGUAAGUUAAAUUAUUUGGUGUUGCUCGUAUAUGUAUAAUAUAAUCGAAAAUACUAAAACUGCGAUUAAAAAAUAGUGGGUGGGAGUGAGAGGGUGAAAAAUACUUUACGACCUAUUCUCAGACCUACCAAAUAUAUAAAAAAAUUUUUAUGAAAAUUGGUCAAGCCGUUUCGGAGGAGUGCGACCACAAACAUGUGACACAAGAAUUUUAUAUAUAAGAUUAAACGAAAAUUACAUAAUGUUGUCAAUUGUGCUUUUCUCGUUUAAUGAUAUAGGAUUAGUAUGAUAUAUUUAUGUAUUAUUGGGAAUCCUAAUUUUUCGUAUUGAUUUAAAUAAUAUGUUAGUGACCCUUAACUAUUCGACUUUAGAUUAUAGUUUAAUAGAUAUAGGUAUUUAUAUUAUUCCAAUCGAUGAUUUUUUUUUUUUUAAAACUUGUUUAAUCUAAUAAAAUGUUCAUACGAUUUAAUAAAUAAUAGUUAAUAUUAUUAUAUACAGCUAAUAAAUAAUUUCACAGUAUUCAACGAUACCAGUCUUGUUAACCGCCAGACUGAAAUCGUGAGUGCCUUGUAAACGACCGAACGAACAUACGUGUCGUCUGCACGGCGUUGUAUUUGUUCAUCUUUAAAACUACCAUCUCACACCUUACCGAGAGAUAUACAUCUCAUAUAAUAUAAUAUACACUAUAUUACACAUGAAACUACAAUAAUACUUUAUUAUAAAAAAAAAAAUAAUAUUUAUGUACAUACAAAUAUAUUUUUUUAAAAACCCGUGUAUUUUGUAAUCUACUAAUAUAUUUAUCAAUCUUUUAUUACAAUAUUAUUAUUGUUUUCAGGUUUCAAAUGACAAACGUAUCGUGUAUAUUAUUAUGACAAUGGGACGGCCAUAUCAAAUUGAGAUGACUGUACUGUCAUCACGUCCCGUAUAUUACUAUGUUCUGCUAUUGACUGCAUUGUGUUGUACAGUGUUUGGCUUCAAUGUGGACGUUAAAAAUUGCAUUAAACACCGAGGGCCUGAAGGGUCCAUGUUCGGGUUCAGCGUUGCCCAACACAAAGAACACGGACGAUCAUGGUGAGUUUGAGUUGAAAUUUCAUUUUUCCAUAUAAAAACAGUCAUUAUUUUAAUGUAUCUUUAGUCCUAGGGAUGAAGGGAUACAAUUUUGUAUGCUUUUCAAUACAAGUUAAUUAAAUUUUGAAAAUUGCACAUGACAUGACUAAAUUUUCAAAUAGAUUUAAUAUAAAUAUGACGCUCUAAAUAGCUCAAGUCAUAUAAUUUUAUUAUGAACUAUGCCUUUUCGCCAAAUAAAAAAUACAUAUAUCAUAGUGAUAUCUUAAUUUUCAGUAUAAUAUGUGUUAAAGUUUAUAGACACUUAUGCUAUUUAGAAUAAAAAUCAAGGAGAAAAAAUAUUUCAGACAAAAUAAAAUAAAAAUGCCAAAAAUUGACUUAAGUUAUUCAUCCCUGGGACCAAAGAUGUUAUGGUUGUACAGAUUUUAAUAAAUAAAUGUGCAAUUAUGUAAUAUUAAGUAAAUAUCUUUUUGUCGGUAAGUGUAUUUAAUAUUUUGAAUAAGGUAAACAUUAUAUUAGCUGAAAAGAUCACAGGCCUAAAACAGGAGGGAUUUGAGGUCUGAUCCUCCCCCUUAUCUAUUUUAAUUUUACAUAAUGUCCAUAAUUUUGUAUGUAGAUUUAAAACUGACUUCCUCACAAAAACAUUUUUUGCUACUGAUUCCCCUAUACAAAAGUUAUGCAUACGCCACUGUGCAAGACGUUAUAUUUAAUACCUAGUUAUAAUAUUUGUAUGCCUAAUUAUAAUUAAAUUAUUAUACAAGUUUUGAAAACUAUAAUAAUAUUUAAUAUAGAUCUAGACACCAAAAACUAUUACCGACUUCUUUUUCCGUGUACACCUAUUUUUUUUCGAAUAAAUGAAAUUAAUUUUUUUAGUAAUUAUUAUAAUAUAAACCUAUAAUAAUCUACGAGUAUAUUCUAUUAUAUUGACAUUUAAAAUAAACAAUUAUACACUCAUCACUCAUCACAGGAUAUAAAUAUUUUUUCUUAUAGGGCAUGCAAUUACAUUUACCUCGUGGUUUACUCACCAGAAACUUUUAAUGCUAUUAUUAUAAUAACUAAAACAAAAAUUUAAACACUAAACUUUAUAUUUAAAAUAGAAAACUAUUUCUCUUACCUCUCGUGGAAGUAUCGUAUAAUUUAUGAAUAUUCAAGCAUACAUGAGGGUAUGGGAAAUUUUAUUUUUAAUAAGACUUCACUACUUCAAAUAUAUUAGGUACUAACUUUAUCGAACGAAAAUUAAUAAAAUAUUUUUAAAAACUUGGUAUAAUAUAAUAUACAAUAUAGAGGGGUAUACAGUUUGGUGACAAUAUUGAUAGGGAAUUUAAGGUUUUUUUUUCUUUAUGUAAAAUAUGAAGAUGUUGGUCAUUAAACGGUAAUUUUGUAAAACGGGCCCGUCCAUAUUUAAUAAGUGAUUGAGGUGUAACAUUAUCUCUGGAUAUACACCUAGUGUUUUUAUGUUGGUUUUGAUACUAUUACAGUAAUUAAAAUUCAUUCUUAGCUUUAAUACGCCUUGUAUUUUAUUCUAAUGAGGUGAAAAAAUCAUACGAAUAAUUUAUAUUUAUGUACAAGUAUAAUACUCGUCUACACUUAUAAUAUACCAGCGGUUCCCAACUUUUCUCAGCCUCGAAGUCUUUUUUUAAAAAAAAAAGUUUCUCGUAGAGCCCCCAAGAAAUAUUUAACGUUAAUUUUUAUCUGCCUGUGUUCUAUCUUCUAUGAAGUAUAAUAAACACGAAUUGUAUACAUACGGGAGUCAAAAUAAAAUUAUAUUUUUGAAUACAGGUGAAACAAAAGUAUUAAAAGAACUCAAAGAUUAUUAUUAAUUAUUUAAAAUUUAAAUCUAUAAAAUGUCUUAAUGUGAGCAUUAAACCUGCUUUUUACUACCGAGUUUGUCGAUGUCCGGUGUCACAGAAGUCAGUUGAAGACGCAUAUCGUUUUCUGCAUCCAAACGUGCUCGAUAUAUUGUUUUUGUGGCUGUAUACUUCGAAAAAGCCGUUUCACAUGGAUACGUAGUACAAAAAGGCAGUAAAAGCAGUUUUUGGAGCCCGUUUUAAACCACCGUUCCAUUUCAGUAAAAAUACACAAUUUUCUUAUCGGGAUUUACGCAGUAUACAUAUCGGUGAAUUAUGGUGAUCAAGUCUUCAUGAAAUAUAUAUUCAUUUUAAAUAACGAACAAUUUUUAAAUUUUUUGUGGUGUUACAACGGAGCCUUUGGUAAGCCAUUGCGGAACACCGGUUGGGGACCGCUGUAAUAUAAGUAGUAAAUAAUAUACCUAUACCUUUUUAAAAUUUUUAUUUUUACUUUUUUAUGAUAUUUGUCUACAUAUCAUCAAAUCUGCAUUGUAGAGGGAAGUUUUAUUUUAUAUUAUGUAUACGUUUUUAAUAGCAAUGUGGUGGUGUUUGUGGUUAAACGAAAUAAAAAAGUUACCUAGACUGUCACUUCAAAUUGCAUGACAAAAUAUACCAGCUAUAUUUUAAUAACGUCACCUGGACCAAUAAUAAUAAGUGGCAAGUUCCAUUAGUUUAUAGAAAACCGUUGUCAAUUCAAUUGACACUUAUAUACCUAUUGACACGUUUCGAAUGACUUGCAAUCAUAAAUGCUUUUAUUUUAUUAUUAUAUUGUUCGUUUAUCCGUUUAUGAUACCCACACUCUGCCGUAUAGAAAACUAAUGUAACAUAAUGGCGGUUUUUAUUUUUUAUUUUAUUUUUAUAAUAUCAUUGUUCAAUUGUAAAGAAGCCGUUUUCAACUGUACCACUUAAAUAAUAUUAUGGAUACGACUAGGAACAUUUCGCCGACGUCUUUUGUUUCCGUUAUAACGUCGCUGGAUGAAUAUUUAUUAUAAUUGAACAUACUGGACUCGUGUCAAUGGGCCGUGGAGUAAAUAGGAGGGGAUAAAUACGCGGAUAUAUGCAUUCAUAUUUACAAUCGGAUAUUGUAUUAUUUUAAAGGAAUAAUUGAUAUGCAUACGGACGGCCAAAUCGUAUGCAAAUGACGUAUAAUAUAUGUACAAAUGAUCUAUUAUAUUAUCAAUUUCUUUUCAUAGAUUGUAUUAAACGGUAUAUAUUUUUUAAUUAUUUAUUUAAUAACUGAAUAGGUUUUAAAUUACUUUGAAUAAUUUUGAUUUACAAAGUCAGUCAUUGAUCUAAAUUAAUGUUAAUCAGUUAUUUUUCAAUGGUUUUAAGUAAAGCUUCGGAUUAAAAAUUUUAAUAGAUAUUUACCUAAAAAUUAAGUAUAAUUAUUCUAUAAUUUGUAUGUGUAUAAUAUAGAAUAGUUAAAAAUUAUGCGUAUUUGUAGUAUCUAUCUCCUAUGAAAUUUACUUCAUUUUGAAAUUACAUAUGAAAUUCUAUAAAUAAUUUAUUUAUUAAUCUUUUUUAUUUUUAUUACCUACCUACUUGUUUUAUGUCACUUAUUCUAUUCUAUUGGUUCAAACUAUAUAGUGGUAAAUGUAUAAAAACCAAAAUCUUAUAUGUUUUACAAAUGCAUUAUGCAUAGAGCUGUAUGUAAAUUACCAUUUUAACACAUAACAAACCCUACACAAAUUACUUCCGUUUUAGUAUUCAUCAUUAUUGUUUUUACUAUCAUUAAAACAGCCCUCUGAAUGGUAUGUGUUACGUCAACUACCUACAUAAUAUUUUAACAAGGAACUUGAUUACCAUUCGAAUUUAAUAUUUUGUUUUUAGUUUUAUUUGUUUAAAUUUAAAUAUUUUACUUGUAACUGUCAAGAAAAUAAUCUUGUCAUAAUGGACGAUGGCUUCCAAACUAAAAAUAAUAUACUUAUAUACUACGCUUCGUUUAUCUAGUUCUUAUGCAUUAGAAUACAAUGUUGUUUUUGACCUAAAGAAAUAUUAUUAGUUAUUGUAGAUGAUUUGAGUUUUUUUUUCAUUGAGUUUUCAAAACAUAAUAUAAUGUAUUUAUGUGUUCUGUUAAAUUCUUAAUUUAAAUUUAAAACUUUAAAUUUUUUCAAUAGCAUAUUUAAACAAUAUUUUGAUAAAGGAUCAACAAUAAUAUUAAUAAAUUAUAUUGAUUUACAAUUAUUUAAAUUUUUAGAUAAAUAAUAAUUUAAUAAAUUAUGUAGAUUGUAGGUAGUGAAAUUUGAUACAAUUUUAAAUUUAUUUUAGAUUCCGAGCAUAGCGAGGGACCUAUUGGUUUUACUACGAAAUAUUUUUUUUCAUUUUUUGGACCUAUAAACAACUUUUUUUUUCUAAUUUAAAAAUUAUUAAAUAUUUAAAAUUGAAAUUGUAAGUAUGUGCACAAAUGUAACGUUUCAACAAGUAUAAUCACUUAAAUAUUGGAAAUAAUUAAUAAUGUCCAUAUUACAUUUUUCAUUAUGAUAUAAUGUGUAAAUUUUAUAGUGUAUACAAUAUGAUCAUUGAUUGAAUAAUAAGUAGAUAAGUCGUAAUAAUAUAGGUACCAUGAGACUUUAAAGGUAAUAGAUAAUGUAUAUGAAACAGUUAAAUUUUAUAUCAAUUCAGCACUGCUAAAUAUGUUUUUUAUUUCGAUUAUUGAAGUGCUUUUAUAAUGAUACAGGCAAUUUCGUGAUUUUUUUCUAAUUUAAUAUAAGUUGAAUCUUUAGUCAGUCACCUUGUGAAAUCACUCAUUCUUUUAUUUUGUUUAUAUAUAUUUAUGGUUCUAUGAAUCGUUAGCUAGUAAAAUUCCAUGUAGGCAGAUGUUCGUUUAUAUUAUAAUCAUCCAUCACUCUGAUUGAAAUAUAAACUAGAAGGACCCAUUAGUGUUUGGGGCGGGGUGGAAAAUAGUAGCGAUACCGUUACAAUAGGUCGUUGAUGAGGAUGAGGUAGUUGUUCCACGAAUCAAUUAUUUGUUACGAGAAUAUAUACUAUACUUACCUACAUUAUUACUUUAUUGUUGUUGAUAUGACGUAUUUGAAAAUGGAUUGUUCGAUUUAAAUAAAUGAAUAUAUUCUCGAUUAGAAGGGAAAAAAAAUAUCUGCAUUAAAAACAGUUAUAACGAUUUCAAACUGCCUCGUGCUCAAUACAAUAUAGAAAUUGCACUAAAACAACAUAUGGUGCUUGGAAUUUAACUCGCAAACGAAUGCAAAUCAAUAUUGUGUUUUAUACUAUAAAUAAAUUUGUACACGUUUUUUGCAAUGCACAGUUGAAACAAUAAACUGUCACAUGUGCAAGUGGAUAUCUGUUACUGGAUAGAAUAGGAUUCCAAUUCAGUGUGUGUAAACUAUUAUAAAUAUUGAUAUUACAAAAACCAUAAUUUGAUGUGUAAGUACAUUUGUAUUUGCUAUCUUUCAUAAUAUUAUAUUGUUGAGCUUAUUUGGUAUAAUAUAAUAAAAGAAAUUAACUAAUUUAAUUUAUUCAGUUUUUCUUUAAAAAAUUAAUUUUUUGAAAAUUAUUUAAUUUAAAUAAAUUAUAAUUAUUGUAAUAGUCUUAUUUAUAUAUUUAAAAAGAUAGACACAUUUCGCAUGUUGGGUGGAUCACUGUUGUAAGUGAGAAGUUGGGAAGAUAUAAUAUAAAAGAGAAUUUAAUGUAUAUCUACAGUACGCAACGAUUAAUCAUUGCUAACAAAAACUUUUCUUAGUGGAGUUCGGUUAUACAUGUUUUGAAAGGUCAUAAUAUUUACGAUUUUUGUUAAAAUUUGAUAUUAAAAUUCUUAUAAAAAAAUUCUAUAUUUCAAAUUUUUUUUUUUACCAAUAAGUACGACUUAUAUUUAAAAAAUGACCCCCCUAAAAUGCCAAGUAGAAAAAAUUUUAUUUACCAAAAUAAAUAAUAAUAUUAUUGUAAAAUAAUAUAUUCCUCACUUAGUUCAGAAUCUAAAAAACUAACUAAAAUUUUAAUAAUUAAUACAGAAAAUGACUCAACAAAUUGUGUCGAAUAAGUUUCUAAAUUAUAUAUACAGGUCUUUGUAAAACAUCACAAACGAAUAGCGAUUAUAUUUGAAGUAAGACGAUUAAAAAUAUAAGACAAAUGUUCGUAGAAGAGUCAUUUGUGAUCUGUGGUUCAAUGUGCAAUGUCGGGACUAUUUAAGGAUACGGAUGAUGCCGAAAAAUAUAACGGGUAGACUAAAAAAGCAUUUGUAAAACAAUUUUUGGCAAACAUUCGUAAAUUUUUAACGGUUACCGACUAUAGUUAAAGAAUACAUUUAAAUAAAUAUCUGGACAACUAUAUAGGGGAAGAGAUAGGAAUAAUAAACCAAAAUCAAAUAAAUUAAAAGCCAAUUAUAUUAUAAUUUAUGUAUUGAUGCAUUAAUUGAUACUUAAAAAAUUAAAAGUCAGAUAUUUGUGAAUUUCUUUAAUAUCUGUUGUAGCGAUAUAUUUCUUAUAACACUAAAAUGUAUUUAUAUUAUAUUACUAACUAUCCUGUCUGGCAUUGCCCUUGCCAAUUUUAAUUUUUUUACCUUUUAACCUUUUUUGGUUUUGACCGUGUUAGUAUUUUAUGAAAAUAAAUAGGUGAAAAGUGGAUAGUCCACCUUUAUAUUCUGAGUAGAGUUCGGCUAUACAUAUAAAAAGCCGUAAUAUUUACGAUUUGAAAAUAAUACAUUUCGUAGAUUUUUCCCUCUUUAUUUUUAUGUUUUUUCAUAUUUAUUAUGAAAAUCCAUGGGAAAAUCAAAAAAAGAUUUUCCUAAAGUAGAUUAAAGGUGUUACACUUGACAAAUGAAAAAUAAUUGCUGGUAGAAAAUUUGUUUGCAAAAAAAAAAAUACAUUAUUAUAAAACCAAUAAAUCCCCUGCAUCGCUUAGAAUCUACGUAAAAUGAAUCAAUAUUUUGUUGGUGAUAUCAUAACUUGAAUAUCAUCCAAAUUUUCAACUUUUUCGGUAGGUUUUCCAAAAAUUUGGGAAAAUGAAAAAGACGAGAAAAAAUGUAGGACAAACGAGAAAAUGUACGAAAAUAAUGCUUUUAUAUUUUUAAAUUUUGUUUUUUGUUUUAUUGUAAUUCAGUUUGAACUAUUUGUAGAGAUUUGAAAUUUCAAUAGAAAACUUAUAUUUGCAUUUUCUAAACGUAGUUAGAAAAUAUUAUAUUAUAUAUAAUAUAUAUAAUAUAUUAAAUUAUUAAAAUUAGUUAUUUUUUUUAUACGAAUUUUAGUAUCAAAAUUUAAAAGCAACACUAUCAACCGGACUCCACUCAGAAUCGUUUUUUGUUAGCAAUGGUCAAUCGUUACGUACAAAUUUACAUUCAAUUUUCCCCCUAUACUUUCCCUUCCAAAUUUUCAUUUUUAAUUGUGACCCACCCAUCGAACGAAGUAUGUCCGUAUUCAUAUGUAUAUAUAUUAUGAUGUAGAAAUAAAACGAUUUUAAAAUGUUUAGAAAUUUAAAAAAUGUUUUUCUAUAAUGUUAGGACUAAAAUGAAAGAUUAUUUUUAUGCCGAUACUUAGUAUUAAUUUAAUACGAUCAUUUUGACCUAAACCCAUUCUUCCAUUUAAACCUAGAAGAAAAAGGACGGAUAUUAUUACCGCAUGUACUGAUGCACGUGUUCAUGUUGUAUUAUUAAGACAAAAUUUAGGACCGACCCUUUGGUAAUAACGAGAAAAAACUAGUCAUAUAGGCGGUAAUAAUUGAAAACAUGUUUAAGAUUUAUUAUAUUCUUGUAGUCCUGUAAAAAUGUAAAAUAUAAGUAUACAGCAAUAAUAUGUAUUGUGUGUAUGAGUGGAAUUAUUGCAUUUCAAAUAGAAUUAUUAAAAUCAGUAAUGCUUAUUGGAUAUUAAAGAAUUCGUUUUUAUUAUAUAGAAACAUUAGAUACCACUGUACCCGAAUUAAAUUGUUUAAAUUAUGUUUGUAUAUAUUAUAAUAUAUCUGCAUUAUAAUAUUAUUAUUAUUAUUGAAGCUGUUUAGAGUAUAUAAUUGCAGUGUUAUAGUAUAGGGGAAAACUUUGAAAGAAUAUGCCUAAUCUGCAUUAACGUGUACAAUGUGCAUUAUAAUAAAAUGUUAUGCACAUCGAAUAGCGCAAUAAAUUAUUCUCGUUAAAUUAUUUAGCACUGCAAAACUGUGUACUUUAUACCAUUACACUCACUAGUUAUUAUAUUUAAGGAUGAGUAGUAUUUUAAUUAAAUUUUUUUGAAAUACAUUCUGCAUUUUGUAUUUUGAAAAUAAUCAAAAUACUAAAUAAAUAAUAACUGAUAGUAAAAUGUUCACGUUUUAAUGUUGCUGCAUUUUUACUCGUGCAACCAUAAUAUCCAUAAUCGAAAAAAGAGUACCUACUUACCUAUUGCAAAAAAAUUACUAGAUAAUUUUAAUAUUAAUAGUAUUAAUUAAAUAUUUAAGCGAUACAAAUAAAAAUAUUUCUUGUCUAGUAAACUAACGUAAAAUUCUCCAGUUGUUUAUUUAAGCACCAAUAAAAAGGUUAUUUUCAUUCGUUGGAAUGAUUCAAUAUGUAAGAGAAGCAAGUAAAUCUUGCUCAUUCGAAUGAGUAAUACAGCAUUACUUGUGAAAAACUUAUAAUUUUUUUUAAAGGAAAUAAUGAUUUUGAAAUUCGUGAUUAGUACUAUAUUUUUAAAUUUUUUUUAAAAUAUAAUUGAUGAACUUAUCAGAAUUUAUUUUUAUAAUUUAACAAAAAACUAUAAAAGUUCCUUUACGAAUUAAAAUUAAUAAAAGUAUCUUUUUUUGCAGUUUUUUUCAAAUAUUACAUUCAAUACUUUCAAAUAACUUUUCAAAUUUUAUUUUUUCUCAUAAAUUCAUUAUAUUGUAUUUUACAUUUUGUAUUUGAGUAACCAAAUUUGAUUUAUUUUGUAUUUGAAAUACAUAUAUUGAUGAACUUUGUCUAUAUCUCUUACUUAGUUAUAUUCUUACUCUGCAGUCAGACUAUAGACGAUCUAGACACUUGUAUACAUUUUUAAACGCACAACCGACCCACGGAAAAACGCCUACUCGAAUUCGUGGUUAUACAUAGAAAACGGCUAUAUAGAGAUAUAGAAAUUUUGAAGAAAAAAGUGACAUCUUAAAGUGUACCAUCUGGCGUAUAUGGGGCGCCUACGUUAAGCAUUUUCAUUGUGUGCUUUGGUGCAUAACAAUUACAAAUGCCUGAUCGACCUUGACAUUUUGAAUUGACCUAAAUAUAAUGUUUUAUACACGAGCUCAGCUUGAAAUGUCAUCAUUUUUGUUAAUAAAGACCAAUUAGGAUCAAAUUAUAUACGGAGUAUAUUCGUUAGUUACUAAAUUAAUUGAACAUAUUAUUAGAGUUACAAAAAAUUUUAACAGCGCAACACUCAUGUUUUUGUUACACAACUAGAGGUAUAUGUUUGUAUAUCCGUCAUUUAAACUAAACUAAUAUAAAUAGUAAAUAUGCAAUUAGUGAUGAGCCAGUACGACUUUUUUUCUAUACUAGAUAUUCCGAUUUUGUUACCGAUAUAAAACCGAGACCCAAUCCAAUAUUUGAAAUCGAAAACGAUGAGUUGAUACUGAAAUUAACAGAUAAACCUAAGGAAAAUCUGAUUUUUCACAUUCCAGAAACAUUAUAGAUACAACGGGUUUGAAAAAAACCCCCUCGAUAUUCGAUACUCUGAUACCCUCAUCAAUACCGAGACACGAUAUGACUUAUGCCGAUACUCACCAUUAUAUACAAUACGAUUAUUAUUUAAUUUUUUAAAACUGCUGGUAUUGAAAUAGUAAUAAUAAUAAAGAGGACAUACAUCGAACAAUUAACUCUAUUUUAAAACUGUAGGUAUCAUUAUAGUUUAUUACAUUUUAUUUUAUGCAUAAUGAUUAAAUGUACCUAUGUAUAUGGAGGAGAAAUAUAAUUUAAAACAAAACGUAUAAUAAUAAUAAAACAAUUUUAGAAAAUUUACAUUUAAAGAUUCAUAUACACUAUGAAGUGUGCACUUCAUAAUAAUAUCGAAAGUUUAUGAAUACUAUAAAAAUAUUGUACUAGAAUAUAGGUUGACAAUACCAUAAUAAAUCUCGACAAAUAUAUUUUAUUUAGUAUUGUUCAAUUCAUAAUAAUGUUUUAGUUAUACUGGGUUGCUUUAUCCUUAAAACUCCAUAUGUGUCACGUGAAAUUCGUUAGGGGAUGAGUAUACGUAAAAUGUCUUGGGUCGGACGUACGGUUUUCUCAGAAUGUUGAGAAAUAAUAGUUAUAUUGGCGACGGACCACUGUAACAGUAUACAAACCAUAUGGGCAUGGGAGCGCCGUAAAAUUUAAACCCACGCACACGCGGUGCACCGGUUGUCGUAAGUCGCUAUCCAUCCGAACCCACACGUUUUGCACACGCGAUAAAAAUGAAAAAAAAAAAACAACACAUUAUUUUCAUUAAAAUGUGUUCUCGGCCACAGGACGAACUACCCAAAAAUCUUUCCUCGGGGCGGUUGCGUUGUGUACACACGCUGAGAAAUAUAAAACGCAUUUUGUCUCAGAUGUUAUAUAAUAUAUACGAAUUAUGAAGAGGGUGGGCAGUGAGCACAGCAGGUAUAAAUUAUUAUUAAGUGAAUGCUACGUCCGAAUUCACUAUCUCAGUCUAACAAACGGGCAACAUAGCAAAAUUGUAUUUAUUUAGAACAUAAACUAUGGCGUUUAGGUUAAAAUUUGAAUUUAAACACAAGUGAGGUACAAUUUAAAAAGGAGGAAAACAUUUCCGACGGUUAUACGUAGUUUUUUUUCUAAACAAUUUUCAUACAAAAAUUAACGGUUAUUUAAAAAAAAAAAAAUAAUAACUUGGCUAUAAAUUAUAUGUAGGUAGGUAUGACCGGUUUAUGCUCGUUAGUUAGACUGAGAUAGUAAAUUCGGGUAUAGGGCUGAGUUUUAAGUAUACAAAUGUGACGAUAAUUUUAUAAUGUUCGAUUUGAAUAUUUCGAGAAAUAAAUUAAUUUUAUAACGAUUCAUUAAAAAAAAAAAAAUUAAAAUUGUGGGUACUAAUAUAAAUUAAUAAUUUAAUAUUUUUUCAUUUUUCGUUUAUUUGAUUUUUCAAUUUAUAAUGGUCACAUUAUACUAUUGCAGCAAUAGUAAGUCGUAUUCGUCAAAUUAUCCUAUUGCUUUCUCAUAUUAUGCUGUUUAAUUUAAAUAAUAGUUUCUAAAAAUAAGUGUGUAUUGAUUGUUCUGCAACCAAUAUAAUAAUCUACAGAUUUUUUUUAUAUGAUUGGAAUGCACGGCAAUGAUAUAAGUUAAAAUCGUUAUAGCCUCUAUUAUGAAUAAUUCGAUUUAUUAGCUCUAGGGUUGUAUACAAUUAGAUAUUUUCGAAACGGAAAAAUAUAAAGUUAACUCAUUACCUCUCGAUUAACCCACUAAAAUUUAUAAAAUCUGUACUGAAAAUAAUAAUAUAGGAGGAAAACUGGUUCCAAUUGAUUCGCCUUCUUUUCAUUGGAAUAUAUACGAUUGUAAUCGGAAAUUAUUUCCCGUCUACAAUUAACACCUGGGAGCCACGUGGGCGUGAUGAGAUGACCCUGACCCCGAAGUAUUGUUUUUUUUUUGUCUAAUCGAUUUAACAUAAUUGUAUAGUAUUCAAUUAAUAGGUGUAAAUAGCCGCGUAUCAGUGGCGGAUUUACAGGAGGAGGGGUAUGAGGUGUCUGGACUUCCCUCAGAUACCGAUGUAAUUACAAUAAAAUGUCGUCUAAAAAUGGGGUAUCUAUUAAUAAAUACCUUUUAAAUACAUAUGAUUUUUUUGUGAGUAUUCAAUAUUCAUAUUUAUAAACUCGAUGUGGUAUGUCUUGAAACCUGUUUUAGACCCUAUCGUAAAGUUAAGGGUCUAUCAUUAAUAUUGAUUAUUAUCUAUUACGAGCUGUCCGCUCGGCUUUUUCUGUGAAAUAAAAAAAGUUUCUAAAUAAAGUUAAUAGAUAAAUUAUCAUUAUAUGCUAUUACAAUAAAUACUUGCAUAGCACAUGGAUUUCAGUACAAAAAUUAAUAAUACAUUUUUUUUUUCAUCCUUGUUACCAAUUAACUAAAAUUAUUAGAUUUCUAUAGUAAAAAUACCCUGAAAUUGAAUUUUAGGAAAUGAUAUUCAAUAGAGAGUGAAUUUCAAUAGUCCUUACAUUACAAUACGUAGUAAACAAGUUUCUUUUCGAAGAGUGGUUUAUAGACACAACUAAUGAAAAAAAAAGAAACUAUGCAUCGUAUAGUAAAACCAAUAGAUCCCUUGCCACACUCCGAAUUUAAAAAAAUAGUUAUAAUAAUAAUUGUAUAAAUGUGAAAUUCUAUUAUAUAUAUAACUAAUUAUAUAUUUAAUUAAUAACUAAACUACUAUAUACCUAUUAUAAGCAAUUAGGUAUACAAAUAUGUUUUUUUUAAUAAGUCACUAAAUAUAUUCAAUUUAUUACCGACCGAUAGAAUUAUUUUCAAUAUAAUGUACUGUAGUACAACGUUUAUUUGUGUGUAUAUUAUAUUGUCAGUUCUAAAUUUAAGAAAAUUCCAAGUAGACAUUACUUUUUUUUCUUUUUUUAUUAUACCUAUUAUGGCCUAAAAUUUUUUUUGGAAAUCGUAACAAGUUGAAUAAUAUUGUCUGUGUUAUUUUAAUCUUACAUGGUUCGUUAUAUGUUAAGUGUAAACUCAACAUGUCUAAUUAUUAUAAUAGUCUUCUAUAUGGCCACCCAGAUUUUUAAAUUCUAUAUUUAUUCGUUUUUGAAAUUUCAAAGUAGAUUAGGUAUUAAUAAUUGUUUACAUUCAAAAUAUAUAUGUGUAAACUAAAAAAAAAUUUAAUUUUAAAUAAUAUAAACAUUAUACAUUGAUACUUUUAGGGCCUAUACAUAUUAAUUUAUUGUAUUAUUGUUUUCUUAAUAAUAAAUUUGAAUUUAACUUGUAAUAAUACUAUUCAGGUUGAAACUGUUGAAAGUUAAUAAAUAAAAAUAAAAAUUGAUUGAGUUUCAAGACAACAAAAUAUACUAUAUGUCCAAACAUAGAUAAAUAGGAUAGAUCUUAGAUAUUAAUUGGUUAACACUGUAUAUUAAACUGUGUUUAAUGAUGUAUAAUAAUAUACUAUCAGAUUAAUAUUUUUCAAGUAUAGAAUGGUUGAUUGAUUUUUUAAACGAAAAAGAAAACAUUUGGUUUUUCCAUAUAUGGACAUGUUAAACGAAUAUUUACGUUGAAGGGUACUUGGUCAAUUAUUGUACUAUAUAGGUACCUCCUAAAUAACAUUGGAGCCUAUAUAUACAAUUCGCAUAAUAUACACAACGUGAUUGACCCAGAUAAAAAUCGUAUAGCUUAUUAUUUGUUUACGUUACACAAAUAUGAAAAAAAAAAAAAUCUUUUGACUCUGAAAAAUUGUUAUGAAAUGAAAUAUUAUUUAUAAUUGUAUCAUUGUAAAACAAUUAUUUGGUACUGAAUUGAAUUUUUAAGAACAAAGUAUUAUUAUUCAUUAUAUUUUAUAGUAGGUACCGAUGUUAGAAAGGGAGCGUAUCGAGGGAUUUAUUGAUUUGUAUUUUUUUUAUGUAUUUGUAAAUAACUUUUCUACCAGAAAUGUGGCUCUAAAGUAUAGAAUAUAGUAUCUUUUCUGAAAGGAAAAUUUUGUCCAGUUGGUGCAUUAAAGAGGUCAUUUUUUUGAUUUUCCAAGGAGUGUUCGGAAUAAUUUGGUAAAACACGAAAGAAAAUUAUAGGUAAAACAGCAAAUAUUCACAGCGCCGCGGUUUCAUUACCGAUUUCAUUGUUUUUAAUUUUUUGCAAUGCAUGUUUUCUACUAGAAAUAUUGCUUCAAUUAAAAAAUAAAAAGAUAUCUAGAUAUUAAUUAAAAUUGUUGGACUAAACAGAAAUGCUUGAAAGUUUGACAAGAAAUUCAUUAUAAGUCAUACUAAGUGGCAAAAAAUUAAAAAAAAAAAUGCCACAUUACACUAAUUUUUUUUUUUUAUAAGAGUUUUAAAAUCAAAUUUUGACGAAAAUCGUAAUUAUUACCACCUUUCAAAACAUUUAUAACCAAAAUUCGUCCGAAUGGUUUUUGUUAGCAAUAGUUCAUCGUAUGGUUACAAGUUUAAAUUAAAUAACUUUAUUCAUCCCACCUACAUCUGUCUUCAGUGUUAAUUUUUAUUUUCUAAAUUAAGUAUGAAAUUUACAAAGUAAAUUUUUUUAGUGAACUAAAUUAAUAACAUAUUUGAAUACUUCGUUUAUUUUCCCGCAUAAUAUACGCCAUAUAUCUAAUUUUCAAAUCGAAUUUUAUUCUAUGAUAAAUUUGGUAAACAAAAACAAUUAUAUUUAUUAUGCGAGCUCAUUCAGUAUUUUUAAGAAGAUUUAUACAUAAUUUGCAAAUAACGUCUGUUCCUACGGAAAAAUAUUGUAGAAAGUUUUGGUAUUCAUUCAUGUUUGUCUUAUGUAAGUGGGUGUUUGGCGAAGGUCGAUCGGAGACCACAUGGAGCACUCCAUAUAAGGUUAAGGUGUAGGUAAAUAGGCCUCGCCCUUCACUUUACUUAUUAGCUUAUUUAUGCUGUUAAUGCUGCUGGAUGUGCUUUUGUGAAUCGACCAAAAAUAUAAGUGUAAUUCUAUACACCAUCGAUUGUUUUAUGUACUGUUACAACAGGCGAAUUAUAAAUUAAUGUUCCAUUCUAACCUGGCCUGUUUAAAUAUACCUAUAUAAAUACAAUUUUUAUUUUAAUAAAACUCGAAUUCUAUUUAAAAAAAAAUUCGUUCUUUGACUCCGUUAUUUUUAAAUUUAAUAAAUAGUUUAUAAUUAUGUAUUCAGUACGUUCUAUUAUUUUGUUUAGAUGUUUAUUAAAAUAUUUAACCCACGACUUGUAAAUUAAUCAUCAAACAGAUAUAGAAUAUAAUUAUAAUAGGAUAGUUCUAAAUGAUAUAAGCUUUAGAUUAUAGUAAAUAUUACAAUAAUAUAAAACAAAUCUUCAUUAUAGAUACGUCAUAUUUUAUGAAAUGUUACAACUUUGUAGUAUCUACUAUUCUAACACACCAAUAUAGGCAAUUCAUGUAUAAUAAAUCUCCAAUACACAUUACACUGAUUAUUAUUACUGCAAAAUAAUAAAGGAAUCAUGCAAUACUUCUAUCUAGUGACCUUAAAUUGACAUGGGGAACUAGAGAAUACUUAAAUACACGUAAUUACAAAAUUAUUUUUUUAACCUUUACAGGUCACAGUAAACACAUGCGUGAUAAUAGUUGCAUUAUUUUUUUUUUAAUUUCACCCUAUUUUUACAGUUUUCAUUUGAAAUUAUUUUUUCUAAACUCAAAAUUUAUCACAUUACAGUUAAAAUUUGAAUUUUUUUUCUUAAAAAAAUGAUAUACCUAAAAAAUAGUUUUAAAAAAACGGACAUACUUCACACGAUGGGUGGGCCACUGUUGUCUGUGAGUUAUUGAGAAAAAAUGAUGGGUACUUAAGUUGUUUAAUUUGUACCUCUAACCAACGGUUAAUCAUUGCUAACGAAAAACGAUUCUGAGUGGAGUUUGGUUAUAUAUAUUUUAAAAGGCAGUAAUAUUUACGAUUUUCGGCAAAAUUUGAUAUUUAAACUAAAAUAAAAAAAAAAUUCUACAUUAUAUUCAUCUUUUUUUUUUUAACCACAAAGUACGACUUUAUAAUAACACUUCUGUUAUAUUUUCAAGCAUUUCUGUUUGGUUUAACAGUUUUAGCCCUAAAGUACCUACCGAAUAAAUAUUACGUGAAAAACUCGCAAAAUGAACAUUUCUAUAAAAAGCUCAAAAAAAACAAAAUGUUUUGAAAAUUUUACCACUGAUAUAAAAGGUAAAUAUAAGUUUUUGUUAAAUUUCAAGUGCCUACGAAUAUUUUUAACUGUAUCACAACAAAACAUAAAAUUGAAAAUAAUAAAUUUCAUAAAUUUUCCCAUUUUUCCUACGUUUUUUUUUUUUUAUUGAAAAUGACACCUAAAUACAUUUUCCUUUCAGAAAAGGUAGGAAAUCAGAACAAGAUUUCUGGUAGAAAAAUGGACAAACUGCUCCCCAAAUCGGAUCUUUUUUGUAGGGAGUCUCACAAGUUAUAAAACUAGAUACUUAGUUUAACUGAACACCGAACAGGCACCGGAAUAUCGAAACUGUCCGGGCGAAACUUGCAGAACAGUUUUGGAAACUCUAUUGGUGUAUUACUAUAUUACUAGCGCACAUCUCGUAUAUUACUUAUAUUAUUAUGAAGAUGAACACGUAUAGAAAUUAUAAUUUUUAAUAGCUUUGUUUCUUCUUCUCUUUUACUUGUAAUCUGUACUGUACUAUGGCCUUGAGGCGUUGAUAUAUACAUAAAUAAAUAAAUAAUAUCUUGACGACGGUGUAACUUUUGAUUACACAGCCCUCGCUAAUUUCAGUGGUACCUUAGCGUGCGUGCGUGCAUGAGUGCGUGUGACGCUAAGUUUGGACUUGGCGACCGUGUGUAUAAGUCUGCGACGGAAAUAGUCACUCGUACGAUUACCGUCGCCGCCAAUGUGCCGUCGGCUGUCGGAAUGAUAUAACGUUUCUUCGGCUGUACAGCGGUGAUGCGGCGGGUAGAAUUGUAUAAAAACAUCUAUUUCCAUUCAAAAUAACUCAACCGAAAAAAAAAACACAAACAAACGUUAUUCAUAAAAUCUAUGUCAAACAAAUUCGUACCUAGGUGUAUAGGCAUGCCCGUUCCGUUUCAAUAGAUUGUCUAACAGCUACCAAUGAUAGGUGAUUUCGGGUGACUUUAAAACCGAUUUAGCAAUAUCAUAACGGUAGUGUAUUUUAACUCGGAAAACCAAGUUUUGAGAAAAUCGAGUUGAAAGAUUUUAUACAUUGUUAAAUAACAGAAAAAAAAAGUAGUUUUUUUAUCGUCCGAUCGUCAUACAAUUUUGGAUUUCUAUUAUUUCAUGAGAAAUUUACUUAGAUAGUUUAGUGGACCAGCACUCACCAUUUAAAUUAAUUUUAAUGCAGCAGUAUACUAUUGCAUUUAGAACAAUUUAUUUCCCUUCAAAAUUUAAUCGUCUCGUGUGUAUAUUUUACAUAAUUUGUUUGAGUUAUACACUAUAGUAUAUAGUGGACUAUAGCACAAACUAAAAUAAUACACAAUAUUGCACUUACAGCAACCUAUUAUUUUCUUUAAUAAUUUUAACCUUUCCACAUUUUCUCGUUCAACUUAUUUAUGAGAAAAUACGGUAAUGUUAGUGCAUCUUAAAAACUGCAUUUUUAUUAUAGGGAAUGUGGUAUAACUCAAAAUCGCAUUUUUUGAGUUAAUAUACACUACUGUUUUGAUUAUGAGAUAUGAUGACAAUGAAAACGAGAACUAGGUGCAAAUAUAAUGACAGUAAGUCUAAAAGUAGGUUUAAAGUAGUUAUACACGUAUGAUGUACUCGUAUAGAUAGUACCUAAAAUUGUAAUAUUAUUGUUUAAACAUGUCAUUUUUUUUUUAUUUACAUAUAUACGAACAUGUAGACUUUUUUCCUAGCGACGCGGGCACGUUCAGAGGAAACGCUUAAAAUAGAUUGCUUCGGGGUAACCAUCUUAGUAUAACUAUAUCACGGUAUAUAAGUACUAACCUAUAACAGCUUCUGUAAUAAAUUAUUAAUGCACGUAUAUUAUGUACCUUUAUAUUUCCGUCAAUUUAUAUUUAUUAUAAAAAUAUAAUACAAAAUUACGAAUUCUAUAUAGACAUUCAAUUAAUCAUAAAAAAAAAUACAAUUUUUUCGCUUUUAUAGGAAAUAAUACUUUAAAAAAUAUGUAAGCAGUUAUAAUAUAUACAGUAGGUAUAUAUAUAUAUAUUAUACGACUUUAGAGAUGCCAUAUGUUUUGACGUAGUAUUGUUCCGAGUAAACAGCACACCGUGUCUUUUACUUCGUGAUCUUAUAUUAUGUAAACAAAUUUUGUGGAAGAUAAUUUUGUAUGUCAAUUGGAAAAUAAUAUUUUAAUGUUCUAAUAAUAUUUGGCAAAAGAAACGAGAAAAAAUAUGUUAUAUAGCUACAGUCUAUAUAAACUAAAUUACAUUUCCGUUAAAUUGACCAAAUUUUUUAAUUGAACUUGUUUAAAUUAUAAAGAGUUUUAGAGAUCAUAACGUGAUCGUAUAAGUAACUAAAAUAUAUAAUACAAUAUAUAUAUAUAUAUAAUUUAUUAUUUUUUAUUUUUAACUAAUACAUAUUUUGGUUUUACUUUUAUUCAUUGUACUCGGUGUAUUAAAUAAUUCUUAUUUUAAUUUAAUGAGAUAAUAAUACAUUAUUUUAGAUAGGUAUGUGUAACGUGGACAACAUUAAUAAUUUGUUUCAUGCGCCUUAAAUAAUUCAACUACUCACCUCUAUUUCCGCUGCUAAUAAUACACGUGUCUAUCUGGCUAAAUGUGUUACCACUGUUGAGCCAACUUUAAACAUGUGGUGUAAUUAGUGUAUAUCCCUUAGACCACUUCUUACCUCUAUACAAAAAUUUGAAGUAUGUUAAAAAGUAAUUGACGUAAAAUCAUGAUGAAUACUAUACUGAUAUACUUAAGUUGUAAUUAAUUGAGUUUCAAAUUAAUUUAUUUAAUGCGAUCUCUAUGUAUUGAAAUAAAAUAUUUGAAAAUAAAUUAAACAUAUGUAAUAAUAAGUUAAACACAUAUUGUACAUUUGAAAUUAUAAUAUUUAUUUUAUUUUAUUCUGAAUAGGGAAGAAGCUAUUUUUAUCUAGAGUUCUAGGAAAACUCUUAUUUGAUUAUCUAGCAAAAAUGAUCCAACAUUUUUAUACCGUAACUUACCAUUAAUCACAUUAUAGCCUAUUACCUAUAAUGUAAAGUAUGUGUAGAUUUUGUUUAAAACUUUGUCAAGUCAUAAACAGACGCCGUUUACUUUAUUUUAUAAUACUAUAACAUUUAUAUUUUCAGUAGCACCACCGUUCAAAACAACUAUCAUAGAUUUUUUUUUUAUAUUCGUAAUUGUAGAGGGUUUAGAAUGUUUUUGAAAUUAAAAACCGGGUUAGAAACUUGAUAUUUAAGACCCACUGGGUGGCUUGUCGGUGAAAUAAGACACCAAAAUUAUGAGACUGUUGCUGUCAAAUAUCUAAAAUACUGUAGUAUAGGUACAAAAUUACUAUCUGUAUAAACGCAUGAUGCUAUUAUUGUCAAUACUCAUUAUUUAAUAUGAAAUUCAUUUUUUUUGUAACUAAUAUAUUUAUAUUAUUUUUUUAUCAAUAAUUUGGGAAAAAUAAAUUACAAAUAUAGUAGUUGGCGCUCAAUAAAUUUUAUAUUUGAAUAAUUAAUUUAGAUGUUGAGUAUAGCGAAAUAGCUAUUAAUUUCAUUAAGAUGUGUUUUUUUUUUCGGAAAACACAUUUUCAGGUAGAAAAAAUUCUCCGAUUCAGUAUGUAAAAUAAAUAAACCUUAUAUCUUUUAGGUAGCUACCAAAAUUCCAUAGACAGCAGUCGCUUUUCCAUGGUGCGAAGUAUAUAUUUACAAUUAUAUGAAUUUAAUUAUAAUUUUGGUAAUUUAUAUUUGUGUAAUUCUUUUUCACGGUGGUGUUUACUAAAAACUUAAAUUUUUAGUAAGCUUUUAAUAACCUAUUUUCUUACCUAUAUCUAUCUUUGAUAGUUUAAAAAUGAUUUUGAGUCAUAUUAUAAAAUACUAACUAUUAAAGGUGUGUCUACAAAAAGGUUAAGUAUACAUAUUGUUUUUAAUUUUUAUUGAUAUUAAUUUUUCUAAACAGACAAUAGAGAAUUCAAAAAAUUUAUAUAUAAGUAAAUAUACGUUUUAUGAAAUCAGUAAUUUCCUUAUAAUACAAGUAUAUAAGACUAUUAGUAAAACCGAAAAAAAAAUACAAGCUAUUAAUUGUUACCAUUUACGUCAAAUGGCUGUUAACUUACCAGUAGAAAAGUGGUUUUUUUUCUAUCAAGUACAUUUUAUAGGUACACUGUGUCAGACAAAGAAACAAUAAAAAUUCCUAGAAGGAAAAUAUGGAGCAUGUUCAAUGUAUCUGUUAGAUUCUAUUAUUGAAAAAGUUACAUCGAGUUUUUAUACAAAUUAUUUUCCUAAGAUCUGAAUUGUCACAGCCGAUCCCAUACGGUUUUUUUUUUUUAAAUAAAUACAUAAAACAUGUACGUGUUGUUGUAUACAUAUUUUUGAACAAUGACCGAUCAGUAAUUAUUAAUUAUAUUUUUUCAACACUCACUCACUAUUUAAAUAUUAUCCAUUUUUAAAUGUGCCACAAAAACAAUAACUUUAAAAGAUAGUUUCGAUAUUUUCAAUAGAACCAUCAGUUAUGCGUUAAAGAGUCAAGGUUUAUACUCAUAUCGUAUAAUAUUUUAAUGACGGUUUUGUUCAAACAAGGCUAUAUUUGAAAUAUAUGUAUUUUAUAUACUAUAGACUAUGAACAAAUUAUCAUAUUAAUUACUAAUAAAAAUCGAAUAACAAUCAAAUGUUUUCAAUUGUUAUUUCUAUUUAUUACAUUUAAUACCAGUUACUUACCAAUUUGGUAUUAUUGCAAAAUCGAAGAAAGUAAAUUAUGGUUAUUAGGUAUUAGAGCUAGGAUAUCGAUGAAUUUUGAAUUUUUUUCUAAAGCUUACUGUGCGAUGAGCGAUGCUCGUAUAGUAUAACUACAUUUUAUACUUAUUUCUGUAAUUUUAGUAAAAUUAAAUAGUAAAACAAGAACUAUGAAGUACUAAUUAUUUACUAAUGUUGUAUAAUCCGUCAUUCUGAUACUGCAGUUUAUGAAUGAAUACGAUAAAAAAGUUUAAAAUUAUUAUAAUGUAGUGCUAGUACAAUUAAAAAUAAGUGUUAUAUCUCUUCCUUCUCUUCGAUUAGAAUAAUAUUGUUAAUUUGCAAAAAAUAUAAGUCGCAAUAGCUAUAUGGAUAUAUUACCAUGUGAUUUCUGUGAAUCAGAGUUUAAUAUUAUUAAAUUAAACAAAAAUAAAAAUAGGAGAUUCCACUUACGUUUAAUUUUUUUUAAUUCUUAAUGAUUAUAUAUAUACAUAUUUAUAAGCAUGAGCUCAAAUAUAAGGAAGGGAUAGGGAGUUUAGCUCUCAAACUUAGUUAAGACCCUAAAACCAAGUCCUCGUCGAGGAAUUUAUAAGUUUAAAUCAUCAUUUUUUUACAUCAAAUUAAAUAUAAAAAAAGAUGGACUACUUCACACAACUGGUAGGCCAUUGUUGUAAGUAAGAAGUUGUAGUGGUAGGAUAUAAAGGGAAAUUUAAUUUAUAUCCAUACGCAACGAUUAAACAUUGUUAACGAAAAGCGAUUCUAAGCGAAAUUUGGUUCUACAUCAUAUUUCGUCUGUUUUUUUGGUUUUUUCCAAUUAUUUCUAAAACCCAUUAAAAAACAUAAAAUAACCUCCUUAAAGUGCCAACUAGAUAAAAUUCCUUUUCAGAAAAAGUGCAACGCUUGAUACAUUGAAGCAAAAUUUCUGAUCGACAUUUUCUACACAGUAUGAAAAAAAUUAACAUUGUAAAACUAAUAUAUUUUACUUGCUACGCUUCAAAUCUAAAAUAUGUAUUGAUUAUAUUAGCAGGAAAACUUGUUGAAACACAUUGGUUUCACCGUGUACGUUACGAUCAGAAUAACGAAAAAUUAAUAGCUUACACAUUAAACCGUUCCAUCGUCAUAAUCGAUUCGGAAAACAUUACUUUAAGUAUCAAAAAUUCAAAAACAUCGUGAGGUAUAUAUAAUAUACAUAAUAAUAAAAGGGUUUCUUUUGAAACGCAACGCCCUGAAUUAUACACAAACAUCAGGGUGUGGCUUCUUUGACCUCUUCGUGAAUAUUCUAACCACGGAAUUUUAUCACUUUACGAGCAGUCGAUCGGUUACUUUGUUUCUUUUCACGCUGCUUUCUUAAUUUAUUACCUCCACCCGGUGUUCCAUUUUUUGUUCGAUAUACAUAUAUAUUUUUCUUUAACUACAGGAAACCAGGUCACAGACCAUUAAAUAUGACCGGAAGGGUCUUUGUGUUUGGUUAUUGGAUUUCGCCAAAUUAAAAAGAAAAAUCCGUACACCGGCCCUUCUAAAUCAUAAACCCACCCACGUUGUAAUUUGUUCUCAACGGAUUUUUCUUUUUAAUUCAUUAUUUUCUCAAAUUAUUAAAUUCGAAUCAAAAAUAUACUUGUAUAUAUUUGUGAAUCGUAUAUUAUAUAUUGAAAAAUACAUUUCUAUUUAAAUUUAGAAAACAAGAUGGCACAUGGAGAUACAAGUAAAAUAUAUAUAAUAUGAUAUAUUAUAUUAUCAGUAUUACCUCCUUUUAAAACAUUUAUGUUAUCCAUAUCACAUAAUAUGGUAUAGAUAGAUACUAUUAUAAAGACAUAUUGACCUGUCUUUGUUUUUUUUUUCACAAAUCCUAAAAAUAUCCCAAGUUAUAUAUUAUAUUAAUUAUUUUAGAUUCGAAGCGUAGCGAGCGAUCUAUUGGUUUUACUAUAAAUAUUAUCGAUUUCAUAGUAUUUAAUUUUUGCAACUUAUUUUCUACCAGAAAUCUUUGUCUAAAUUUCAAGAAUAGCAUUUUUUCUGAAAGGAAAUUUUGUCUAGUUGGUGAAUAAGAAAGUUGUUGAUUGAUUUUCCGUAUAGUUUUUCUAAUAAUUACGAAAAUUCGGAGGAAAAAAAUGUAGGCAAUAUGGCAAAGUGUACAGCAUUUUGUUUUUUUUGUUGGUAUUCGGUUGAAAAUUAUUGUAAAGACCUGUAGUUUUCAUACGUUUUAGCCUUUUUUAGACGUGUUAAAAUUUUCAAAACAUUCAAACUGUUUUUAGGCUAUUUUUAUGUACUCGUAUUUGAUAUGUUCAUGUUUUUAUAUGUAUUUUUAUUUGGUAGGUAUCUAUUAUUAAAAUUAUAUGACUUAUAAAUGCUUGCAAAUUUAAUACAAGGUACACUAUAAAUUUCACUUAGUGGUCUAAAAAACAAAUUUGAGUUUAAUACAUUAGUUUUUUUUCAUAAGUGUUUUUAGAUCAAAUGUUAACGAAAAUCUUAAAAAUUACGGUCUUUCAAAAUAUGUCUUACCAAACUUCACAUCGAAUCGGUUUUCGUUAACAAUGGUUUAUCGUUGCGUACAGAUAUAAAUUAAAUAACUUUAUAUAUCCAUCUUAAAUCGUUUCUAUAUUUUUGUAAUGUACCUACAGAUGGUGGUGCAUAAUUCUAUUCGCACAAUUUUCCAUUUGAAUUUCCCCGUAUUUAGGUUUUUUUUUAUUUUGAUACGCACCGCGCCGAUCAUGUCAGUGUUUAAAAUGAGGCGUUAAAAAAAAUGGAUAAAACUCGAAGAAAUCACGUGCGAUUUAUUCGAUGAUCAGUUGUCUUUAAUAGACCGGCAAAACCACUUACUCGCCCGAGGCUAUUAGCGCCCUGGCGUCUCCUAUUGGCGCAGCGCACGGUUUACACACACCGACAGUACUUACAUUUUGUCUCGGUAUUCCAUUAAUUAACUGUCGUUACUCGUUUAAUAGCCGUGCUUACAAAGACCGUGCAGUGUUAUCGUGAUUUUACUCUACUCUUUUAGCUCGUCGAAUUACGUAUAUUUACUGCGUAUACGGCUAUUCGUCUCACACAAUGUCCGAACAACGACGAUCUGUCAAGUUUUUAAAUUUAUACUUAGGUAAACGAUAAAACACAAUAUUUUCGAAAUUGCCAUUUUAAUAUACGUGUGUAAACCGUGGUUUUAUUAUUAUUAUUUUGUUUUAUUGUUGUAUUGAUAACGGUUCAGAUUUUUUUCAUCUACAAAAAAUAAGGAAUAAAAAAUAAUGGAAUUUUAUCGAUGCUUGUUUCUUAAAUUAUUGGAAAAAAAAAACAGUGCUUUUUGAAAUAACGAGUGUUUAACGAUAAAAGAAUCACUCAGUAUAGAUAAUACCUAUGCCUAUGCCACAUAAAUCGAAACUUAUAAUAAUUAAAAUUUGCUCUAUGAAAUCAAUAAAUACGACUUGAAAUGACAAUAUUAAAAAAAAAAAAACUGAGUGUUUAUUGUAUUGUAUAGAAGUAACGAGUACUUACUCGGUACUAACACUACUAACAUUCCUCAGUUAUAAGUUUAUAACUAUACACACAUUUCACGACGUUUCGGGUUACGCUUCGGUGCGUCUCCUAUAGUUAAGACGCGCGCGCUAGGCAAUUUACCACGUUUCCUGUCUGCACCCGAAUUUCGGCCCAAAGCAUGUAGUAAACCAACUGGAAGUUAUAAUAUCAACUGUACAAAACAUGUAAUCAUCACAUUACGCAGUAUAAUAAUAUACACGUACGCGUAUACCAAUAAAACGUGUUGUUUUCGGGAUUAAGCAAUUUUAUGUAUACAUAUUUAUACAUAUUUUAUAUUCACUCGAUAAUAUUUCAAAUAAUGCGGUAAUUUAUAGAAAAACAAUAUACGUUUUGGUACAAUCGGUACCUACAGGUAAUAUACACUGUCACGAUUAGCCAUUUGAUUUAUACGAGCCCCCUUACGUCAUGUUAUCACUAUAUUAAUAAAAAAAAAAAUAAUGUGACCUUUACCGAUAAUAUAUUUCCAUUUACUACCCUAGAAAUCAAAAUCCAAUCACUGCCGAUGAGUGACAAUUUACGUGUUUCUAUAUUCAACUAUCUCGGUAAUUCGAUAUUUUCAAAUAAUACUUCAAUUGUAUACUCGAAGUUUUUCAUCUCGUAUAUGUUAGGACUCAAUGCAACUUUUAACUCUUAACAGUAGAUUGUAAUAUUGUACUUAUUAUAAUCUAAGUAUUAUAUAUAUAUAUACGAUGUGCACACAAUAAUAGUUCUUGUAUAAUAAUGUGAUGAGUAUUAUAAUCCGAAAAAUUAUUAUUCGUGUUUUUUUUUUUUUAUAGGCUAUUGAUCGGAGCACCGGAAGCGCAGACGACUCAGCCGGGAGUCGAAAAAGGCGGCGCCGUAUUCAGAUGUGGCACGUCUAGGGAGGACUUUUGUGAGAAGAUACUGUUCGACAAGAGAGGUGAGUUUAGCAAAGAAUAUAAAUACAUUUAUAAAAUGUGCCGCCUCGGUGGCCAUUAUAUUAUUAUUGGACACCCUAUAAUUUACGAUUCGUAUUGCUUAUAAAUGUGUACCUAUACUAUAAGUAUAAUAUAAUAUACUAUACGAGUUACACGGUUAUGAAGACAUUAAAAUUUAUAAAUUAUAAUACCAUAUAUUACCUGACAUUAUACUGUAUACAACAUAUAUAUUAUAAGCGUUGGAUUAUUAUUCUUACGCAUAUGUUCGGACUGUUUGUACGCGUUUGUUGGCACAUAUAGAACGUGUUAUACAUUUUUUUUAGAUUCUGAGCAUAGCGAGGUAUUAGUUUUACUAUGAUAUGUAAUGCUUAUUUUGGUUUUUAUUGACUGCAAGUAUGUUUUCUAUCAGAAAUCUUGCUCCAAUCAAAAAAUGAUAAGAGACCUUUUUUGUUGCAUUUUAUUGUAUAGCCAGUUUUUUCAUGGAUAUUUGGUUAUUAUUACCAACUAUUGCGGUGGCAGUACUUAGACGGCGUAUUUUGUCUAUGUAUAGCUUAGGUAAGAUUUAGUAUUUUUACGCAUAGGUACGUGUGUGUGUGUUAUAUUAUUGUAGUGUGGUAGUAUGCGUUCAAUAUUUUCAUAUGAAUGUAUAGUUAUAUGUGAUUGAACAGAUGGCCACGGAAUGCAAAGCCGCGAGGCCAAAACGAAGUAAAAUUUAUUAUAUUAUAUGGAAGUCCGCGUUGCGGCGAUUAAAAUUUAAAAGGUAUCGUGAUGUGGUGAUGGCCUGCGAGUAUAUAAUACGAUUGUUUCGCGGACGAGAGAUGGACGGGGACCUAUAGAAAAACAAAAUGAAAAGGAGAAAAAAAAGUACCGCGAUAGUCUGGUUUUUAUGAUUGUAGCUAUAUACGAUGUGGAUCGGGAGUUAAUGGACUUGGCGAAGAAUAUUACUUACUUACGAGGGCAAGAAAGCGAGAGAAGAGGAGGAACACAGAUAAAUUCAUCGCAGUAACCUAAUGUACCUAUAUAUAAUUAUUAUAUUCUGUAUUAUUAUUAAAUUAAAUAAAGUCGUCGUCGGCAACCAUAAUAAACUCUUUUAUAUACCUAUUACGUAUACGCACAUCUAUAUACAAUUUCGUAAUUAAUGAAACUUUUUUGACUGCAACAUCUCCGAUUAAGGUGUUCGGAAAAUAUUUCUUUAGCCUAUAUAUAUAAUAGUAGAUAAGUAGUUACCAUAAUAAUAUCUACUGCAGUUACAAAAGGUAAUGUUAUAGCUAAUGUAUUAUAUAGAUAACCUAUUAUAGGUAAUAUCUAAUGAACAACGAUAUGAAUAUAUAAUAUACAUUUUAAUAAACAACAAUAUAUCUUAUACUAAAGAAAACUAGUGAUGAAUUAUCCAAACAGUUACUAUCGAACUAUUCGAUAGUUGAUCAAAUUCGAAGGGUUCAAUCAUUUUUCGAAAUAUUCGAUAGUUUUCCUGAAUACUAUUCGAUCAUGGACAAAAAUAUUCGAUAGUUAAUUCAUACUAUUAAAAACUAUCGUUAAUAUAAUCUAUUUAGAGGCAUCAAUCAUUAAUAAAAACAGAAAAACGGUAACAUAUAGUAUUCUUUUAACGCUAUAUUUUACAUUUUCAUAUUUUUAUAAAUCAAAACAUCAAAUAACAAUAUUAUUUGAAAUGCAUAUCUACUGAAACUCUGUAAAAAUCGUGAAACGAACUUCUAAUAGUUAUAUUUUAUUUAAAUAACUAUAUAUAUAUAUAUAUAUAUAUAUUUAUAUCGACUCUAUAAAUUAUCCAAAAAUUUUGUACACAAUUUUACUAAGAAAUUUGUUUUAAAAAUUGUAUCUUAAAAUUAUGUAUCAUCACGUUGUAUAUUUACAUUGUUGGCACCAUUUCAAAUGGUGAUGCCAAAUUUUGCCAGACUGAUGUUAUACUACGUAUCGAUUUACGUGAUGAUUUUGUAGUUUAGGUAUUAUUUUUUAUGAAACCUAUCACGAUUUUGGAAAUAUGUCAAUUUCAUAGAAAAAAAAAAACAAAUUAUAAUUUACCCCGGGUUGUGAUAUGACCACAGAUAUAGAUAAUACGAGUAAUAUACUAGGUUACUAAGUUACUAAGGUUACUAACUGCUGUAAUUCAUAUAUUUGAUUUAAGCCACAAACCAUCGCCAUUUUUUUUUAGAUCAUGGGUGUUAUCACCUAUUUGUCUAUAGAUCACUAUUGUGUUUGUUUUUUUAUCGUUUUUACUGUGGUCACCAAGACUGUGAUUGGCGUAAUUAUGUCUAAUGUUAAACAUAUACUAGCUGUCCUACCCGGCGUUUUUUGUACCAAAAAACGUAAAAAAUAUGUCAUUUGGGUUUUUUGCUGUUAUUCAGUCAAAAAUUGUUGUAGAAAUCUGUAGUUUUCAUAAAAUACUUGUAUUGACCGGUUAUAGAUGCGGUAAAUUUUUCAAAAAAUUCAAGCUAUUUUAAGGCUAUUAUUAGGUAUUUGAUAUUUUUGUGUUUUUAUAUGUAAUUUUAUUUAAUAUAUAUUUGUUAUUUAAAUUAUAUUGCUUAAGAGGAAUCCUUGAAAAUUUAACACAAAGUACAUUGUAAGUUGUACUAAUUCUAAAGUACAAUUUUGAUUAAAAUACAUUAGUUUUUUUAUCAUAAGUGUUUUUAGGUCAAAUUUUGAUGAAAUUGUAAAAAUUACGGCAUUUUAAAAUAUGUCUUACAGAACUUCGCUCUGGAUCAGUUUUCGUUAGCUAUGGUUUAUCCUGUGUACAGAUAUGAAUCAAAUUAUUUUAUGCUUCUUAUCUCCCAACUACACACCUAAAACAGUGUCUGAACCCGUCUCCAAUAUCAACUCUUUUUUUUAUUAUUAUUAUAAAACUGUUUGUUUAUUUAAAUGAUACUAAUUAUGGCUUUUGAAUUUAGGUAUACAUCGUUGUUUUCAUAUAAAAAAUGACCAAGUGGUUUAUAAUAUUAAAUUCGAUAAAUUUAGAUUUAAAUUGUAUUAAAUUUAUUUUAAUUAAGAAUUAUGUGUUAAAUGAUUCCUAAAUUAUUUAUGAUAUCAUUUGAACAUGUUUUUAGUACAUAAUAUAUUACAUAUAAGAAAUAAAUAAAGCAUAAAUUUAAACAUGGGUUUGCGCAUGGUCACUUUUGAUCUGAUGACGACUACAAUAUAAUGUAUUAUUUUUCUUUUGUUAAAAUACAAAAUUAAAUACAUAAUAACUGUUAAAUGUUUUCUUUUUAAUUUUCUUCUUUUUUAGGGCCUUGUUGUUAGUUUGGUUCCUGGGUCUCUAUAAAUGUCGUAACUCGGGACUGCUUGUGUGUACUAUGCAAUCCAUAUAAUAUAUAACCUUCCACAACCGUCGACUAUUUAAAUCCAAUUAAGCAUUCCGUUACGUUUGAUACACGACAUUGUUAUAUUAGUUUACUGAAAAUGUAUUAGAGUAUUGCGCAUGCAGUUUGUCAAUAAACGAGUAUGAGUACAUAGUACGACGCUUAUGUUAAUCAACCACUUCCUGUCUUUCUUGCGUGGGCAUUAGUCAAAUAGGACUAUAGCGAAAACAUAUGAGUGUAUACAGGGUGAUCAAUGUAAGACAUUAAUUAUAUUUAAAAAUAUAAAUUUUCUUCGGAAUUUGUUUUUUAGAACAUUUAGAAACAAGCAGCUCUAAAAUGUCCUAUUAGGUAACGUUAUUUUGUAUCAUCCUUAUUUUCGAAAUGAAACCACUACCCGCUUUGAUUUUCAAAUAGCAACCUAUAUUAAAAAGACGUCCUAGGAUAAUGGGGUCAGGUGCAGCCAUUGUUAUAAGUUAUUUAAUGUAUACCUGUAAGCAACGAAAAACUGAUUCUAAGCGGAGUUCAGUUGAUAGAGAUAUUUUGUCAACAAUAUAUAUAUAUGUCAUAUUACGGUAAAAUAAUUAGAUACGCAUUAUAUAUUUUCUUAGAUAAUAUUUGUUUAAUGUACCGAUUUUCCGGUUUUUCCUACGUUUUUCCCAGUUUUUUCUAUGUUUUUCAUAUUUGUUGGAAAAACUCUUGAGAAAAUUGAUAAAUGACUUUCCUAAGUACCUUACCAGUCAAAAUUUCCUUUAUUUUAUUUAUUUAUACUAAAAUUGAAUCGAUUUACUUUCGGAGAUUAACGAGUGUCCGACGUUAUGCCGAUCACCCUGUAUAAUGUCACCAGUUUAUUCCGAUGACUGAAAUGUUUGCUACUCUUCCGAUCUUGAUAACGUAUAAGUAGCGGAAUAUUAUACCCGUACUGCGGGAAAGUCUAAAAGACAAAUAACGUAUAUGCCACCGCCGCCGCAGUCAUCUGUAUUCCUUUCGCGUUCACUCGUUCCCCGGUUUAUAUUAUAAUAAUAAUAAUAUAAUACAACCCGGUGGCGGCACAUUAAUAUGCAUACCGUUUACCCCCGUUGUACAUAAAUUUAUAGUGUCUACGGUGAUGGUAUCUGUGGAAUAUCUCAACACCCAUAACGCACCCCGUGUAUAUAUACAUUUUUUUCCCCAGUUUUUUGUUUGUUUUUUUUUUUCUUAAUGGCACACCGUUAAAGUCUCCGAUAAACGAUCGUAUACAAUUAAAUAAUAAUAUUAUAGUCCUGCGUUCGAAUACACGUAAACAAACGAAAACAAAUGUAAUAAUAUCUUUUAUGAAAUUCUGUGGGCGUGAAUCAACGAUGAAACAAAGCGGUGAGGUCGUCGCGUUUAUAUUACGGUGAGAUGUCAUCGUCGGAAAAACCAUCAUUAUUCGCCCGAGGCAUGACCAUCACUGCAGCUGGUGCGCGAUGCUUUAUUGUUUUUUCGUGGAUACUAUCGGGGUUCGGGAUAAUUUUAUUAUUGUUAUUUUUUUUUUUGGCGUAAAAUCAAGUACAUUGUGAUUAUACUUUAUAAUAUGGAAAUGUAUUAUGUUAACUAUACGCUACUUUAAAUAUGAAAUUUGAAAGCGCAUAUAGUUUUUAUCAGACUCGUCGUAGCCAGGAAUUUCCAAAGCGAAGUGUUAUGAAAACUAAAAACCUUAAUUGAAAUUUUUUUUUAUCAUAUCACAGUAGGUAUAUAAAUGUCACUAAAUAUUUUGUAUCUAAUAUUUAAUAUCUUUAACAGAUUGAAGAAAAUGCUCCGAGAUAGAUUCAUAUCUUAUCUAUUUCGAUGGGAAAACGGUGAUCGUUGUGAACGGUUUAAAUUGGUCAUUGUUAACAAGAUGUUAUGAAAUUUACAUAUAGUUACGUAUAUUAGGCAGAUUGUAAAAUUAUUCAUUUAUCACCUUUUUAUUAUAUACCUACCAAUAAUUAAUAAACAUGAUCAAGGGAUGGGGUUUUGAUACAGCCGCUACACACCUCUCGCUAUGCUACAACUUUUUUAUUGUAGUUUUUCUGUUAUUAUUAUUUGUUUACACAUUUUAUAUCUUGUGACCAUGCAUAUAGAAGAUAACCUGCAUCAAUAAAAAAAAGGUUUUUUUUCAAAUGACUAAUGUGCGAUAAAACUAACAUUAGAAAUAAUUUCGUUUUUAGAUUAUUUUUGUUCAUUAAUAUUAUAUACGGAGAUUGUAACCUAUAUUGGUUUUUUGUUACCUACUUGUUUUUUUUUUUCGUUAGGGAUUGGUUGCCAUUUUGAAGAACGCUUUUUCACUUGUUUUAAUGUUUUUAAAGUGCUUAUAAUGAGGUUUUUAUAAGACCUUCUUUAGACAAUUUUAAGUGCUAUGUGUCCCAAACUCUGUAAAACGUAUACGUUAUAGUUAUAUUAAUAGUUCAUUUUAGUAAACUAUAGUUUUACUAACCUACUUGUGACAUAGAUACGACAAAAUCCAUCGAUUCUAUUUAAUUUAUACGCCUACUAUAAUUUCCAUCAUAUAAAUCAUUCAUCUAGCAUGUAUAUGAAAUAUCAUAAUAUGGAGUAUAUAAAUCAAUAUCAUUAAACAAUUUUAAAAAAAUACCAACUACUUAUUACUGUAUGCACUACGUUAAUAGUGAUACGUUUAAUAAAUCCCAGUAUAACUAGGUAUGUAUCUAUUAUAUCGAAUACUUAUAAAAUAAACAUUUUUACCGUCAAUUUUCAAUACUUUCACGUUUUGAAAUGUGCGUUGAAUUACGUAAAACAUGACAUAUCAGUUUCACAUGACUGUUUUAUCGGCUCCAAUAACUAUUAUAUUUACAAUAUGGCAAUACAAUUAUUUGUUCGGUAUCUAUUCAUUUUGGCCGCCAGUAUAUAUAUUAUAAUAAUUCAUUAAUUGUGUGUUUUUAACUUUAUCCAUUGAGAAAUGUUAAAUAAAUACAUAAAUUAAAACCAGUUUUAUCUUAAAAUUAAUUAUUCGUAAUGCACUAAUGUUAAAUAAUAGUACCUAUAUCUAUUGUCUAAUGAAUUAUUGAAAAAUUGGGAAGUUCAAUUGUUUUAGUAAACCUGUUUUGUAUAGUGACCUAUAUCUGAAGUGAUGUAUUUCCUAAUAUCCUUUAAUAUUGUAAUUUUUCGUGAUUUUAUCGAAUUAAAAUAAUGCAGAUACCUUAUUUAUUACUUUGGUUCUCAUAUUAAUAAAUCAUAUUAAAUGUAAAACGGUAAAAAUGAUUAUAAUUUGUAUAAUAAUGUAGCAAUAAUAAAUAAAAAAGAUAACCUUUGUACCCAGGAACUAGGCGCGGUAAGAUUUAGGGCAGAUAUUCCGUACACCUUAAUAUUUAAAAUAAUUUUUUUUUACGAUAUAGUUAUAAUAUAACAGUUUUAAAUAGUUUUAUUCGUCUGAAUAUACAAUACUUAUGACGACUUGUGGAGCGGUCAAGACUGAAAAUUCUUUAUUGUCCGUAUAGAUCAAAUCACAUAGAGACAGUGUUAUGUCUGAGAAAAAUACCAUUCGUUUUAUAUAAGUAUAAAUAGAAGGUACAUAAAAAAAAAAAAAUUACUUAAACGUAAAACGGCACUUGCUGUAAGAUAAAAACGAUUCGGCAUUCAACUGUCGUCGGGCCACCGUACCGCACGUAUAUCAAAAGGAAUGCGAUUUUUUUUUUUAUCAAACCUUGCAAGAUUUUCUUUUUGUUUAUAUUCUUUUUUAAUGUAAAUUUUGCCGAUAAACAGAAUAUGUGGGGCAAAGGAGAAGCGAACAUAUGCAGGUAGUAGCAAGGGGGUAAAAAAACCUGGGUCGUUGAGAAACCCGUUUUUGUAUCUGCUGCUGCUGCGGCUGCUGCUGCUUUUGCUGUUUAUAACCACGUGACGAAUAAACGGUGGAGCAUGUCCAUUUUUUUUCGUUCAAAUCGGUACAUGUAAAAAAAAUCACGUCCCAGACGCAAACACGGAAUCGAUUCCGUUGGCCAAUAGAUCAAGCACGAGACAAAUUACAAAUUGGUUUCUACAGAAUCAAUGUGUAUAAUAUGUAUAUAUGCACACAGGGGACGACCGUACGCACAUCUGUUUUUUUUUUUUGCUUUUCAAAGACGAGAUCAUCACCGUUUUCAUGGUCUGUAUUUCAAGGUCUCGCGUAUAAGUAGGUAUUAUGUAUUUAUUUGUCACAUAAAUUAAAUACAUUUGAAUUGGUUCCGACAAAAAAUAUAGCGGUUUAUUAUAAGACAAAUCGUGAUUGCAUGAUAUUGUUGAAAUAUUGAAAACUGUGUAAAAUGAAUACGAGGUAAAAAAAAAUUCUACAUUUGAUGAAAUAUACCUUUAUGGAAGAAUAACGCCCGUAGAGAUAUCAAUACGAGUAUUUUAAAGAAACCAAGUACCUACUGGGAUACUUGAUUCAAAUUUGUUCAUAUACUGUAACUAAUUUAUAUAUAAAUGAUAAAAUAUAAUAUAUAUAUAUAUAUAUAUAGGUAUUUAAUAAGAUAUUAUUAAAACAAUAGUCAAUGAGUAUAAUGUUAGUUCUUUACUGUAUGUGAUUUACAUUCUAUUUUAUUUGACUAAAUAAUUUAGUAAAUACAAUUGUAUUUACUCGGACCAAUGUUUUUGAUUAGAUUAUUUGAGUGAAAUAAAAAAAAUUAACACGUGUUUAAUAAAUAAUAUAUUAUUAUUUUGUUUUAAUUCGUGUGAUAAACAUGAAUUUUGUUUUGUAAACUCAACAUUCUAAAUGCAUGGAAAUAAUAAUUUUAACAAUAAUAUAAAACACUAUAUAAGGAGAACUUUAGAUGUAUAAUUUGAUUUACAUUACAAUCCUUUAUUGUGCUUAUAAACCGUGUAUUGCGUUAUAUUGGGUUUAAUGUAAAUAAAUCGUCAAUGAAUCGUAAUAAGUAGGAGACUUACAAUAUUCUAAGCAUAGUAUAAAUAUAUAUAUAUAUAUAUAAGUUGUAUUGUAUAUUGUAAAUAUUCAUAAAUAAGACAGUUUCAUAUAAGUUUUUCCUUGUAAGUAUAGUUAUAUUCAACUACAGCGUAUAUUUUUUUAUCAUUAUUCUGUUAUAUUAACCAUAAAACGAGAAUUAUAAUAAACAAAAGUCUAGACAACAUACCAAGAUAAAAAUAUUCGGAAUGCAAUAUCAUACUUAUGUUUCAACAGUAAAAAAAACAAAAUUUUUUCUUAACUAAUAUUGAAUACAGGCCCAUAGCCAAAUCAUCAAGUGAGGCAAGCCAAAUUUUAAGAGAAUAAUAGAAUAACUAUAAUAUACCAUUACAUAUACAUAUUUAAUACUUGUUGGGGGGUAACAAUUAAGUCCAAGGAGCAAUGCCCCCCUUGCCCCUCGUGGAUACGAGUCUGAUUCAAUAUUAAAGAUAUUCAAAUUGAGGUAAUAAUUCAAUUGAAGUAUGUGUAUAAUGUGUACGUAACAAAUGUUAAUAUUGAUAUUAAAAACAAACGGCCAUACUUCGCACGAUGGGUGGAUCACUGUUGUGGAUGAGAAGUUGGGAAUGUAUUCAAUUUAAGGGGCAAUUUAAUGUACAUACGUACACAACAAUUAACCAUUGCUAAUGAAAAACUAUUCUGAGCGGAGUUCGGUCAUAUACAUGUUUUGAAAGGCCGUAAUAUUUAUUAUUUAGAAAUAAUACAUUUUGUAAAUUUUCCCGGUUUUCCUUCGUUUUUUCCUACGUAUUAUGAAAACCCCUCAGAAAAUCAAUGACUUCCCUUAAAUAUCACCUCAGUGAGAUUUUCUUUCAGAAAAAAUGCUUCACUUAAAAAUCGAAGCAAAAAUUCUGGUAGUAAAGUUAUUCACAGAUAAAAAAAAAAUAAACAUCAUUGUAAAACCAAUACAUUCCUCGCUCCGCUGAGCGAAAAUAUCUAAAAUAUUUAAAAAGUAAAAUUGGGAAGUUUUCUUUUAUAUAAUAUUGUGUUUUGGAUUUUCUAUGAUGUUUAUCCAAUUUUUUUUAUUACUAUAAAUACUAAUUAUCACAGUAUUGUUGUCUUUAAUUUUAACAACGUAGGUAAUAGUUUUAUUAUAUAUUAUAAAUUUUGUUUUUAUUCUUAAAAAAAAUAUUCGUAAUCGUUAUAAUAUAUAAAACAGAUUUUUAUUUGUUUAAGAUCCAGCCAAUGCCGUGAGAAAAAUCAUCCCUUCAUAAAGUAAAAAAAACACCCGAGUUUUAAAUUUAGUUUUAGGGAACUAUUCUGGUACUUUUUAAAAUAAAUGCCCUCUUGUUGACAGCUGAAAAUGAAUGAAGGGUAAAUUAUUUUACAUGCUUCAAUGAUUGAACACAUUGUGUUAUACACCUACCUACUUUUGAAUUGAAUUGUACUACGCAGGUAUCCGUACGAAUUCAAUCAAAUAAUAUUAAUAAUAAUAAUUCAACAGUCAUUCAAUAUUAUAUAUAGUUACGUACCAUGACCUGCAAUUACACCCCAAUAAAGAAGGGUAAUAAAAAUGAACUUCGAAUAUUAUUAUUUUCUCUAGGUAUAUACAUCUAUAUUGUUCGGUUUUUUUAUUAGCUUUCGAAAAUAUGGCUUAACAAUAAUAUUAUAUUGAUAUAGGUGGUUAUGAAUAUAGUUAGGUACUAUAAACACAAACCAGCGAUUACGAAUAAUAAUUUAUUAUUAUUAAUAAAAACUCGAUUUGAUUAAAUUUUUAAUCGUUAUUUAGUCUUCUCGCGAGUUUACGAAAUCAAAUUUGUAUAAUAUCUAUAUACGGUAUACCACUAAAUUAUUAAUACUAUUAUACAGAAUAUAAUAUAUAAUUAUAAAGGUAUAUGUUAUUAUACUAAUACAGAUUAUUACCGUAUUUUCCGUACCUAUAUAGUAUAUUAUACAUUUUCGUAUAAUACGUCUCAUAUACCAAAGUUAUUUAGGUCGUAUCUAUUGGCAUUUGAUGUAAUGAUUAGUGAACUUGCGGGUUCGUUAACCUCGAAAGGAAAAGCGUAUAUAAUAUAUAUGUAUAGGAAGGAGCACUGGAGGUAAGUAUAUAAUAUAAGAGAAGGCAGUUCAAAAUAAUAGGAAAAAAACAAACUUGUCGUUGGUAACGGAUCUGACCGUAUAACAUUAUCAUCCGGAUAGUUUGAUGUUCGUCCGUGUAUAGGUACGCAAACAAAACUCUUUUUAUUUAUUCUGCGUACGUAAUACUAGUUGUCCGGUUAAGGAAAAGCGCGUUCUGAGAAGAUGAUAAAAAAAAAUGUCAUACACUACUACUACCACUACGUUGACCGUGCAUAAGUGGUUCGGAUGAUGCUGCAGCAGCAGCAAUGGCUGCAUCAGCAGCACGCAGUAGCAGUUUAUAUAGAAAAGAAGGUCGUCCCGAGUUCUAUGGCGUUAAAAAACACACACCACCACGCAUCAUACGCAUGUAUUAUUAUAUUAUAGUGGCUUGACUAUAUUUAGGUAUUGUUUUUUCAACAAACAUCCACAAGUCCAUAUCUGUGACCCACUAGUCACUAUAUUCUGCGGCGACGUAUUCGAUUAUAUUAAUUUUGUCGCCACCGCCACUGGUACAAUAGCUGUUUCAUCAGACGGAUAUAUAUACCCGGCUGUAUCUAUUAUAUAUAUAUAUAUAUAUAUAUUAUGUAUAUAUAUGUAUAUUAUAACUUCAACCAUAUGGCCAACCGCUAUUGUUAAGCAAAUUGUUAUUGUUGUUGUUUCUCUGACUUUUGCGUAUGACACCUAUGACCCAGCAUUAAAAAAACAAUUCCGAAACGAUCAAUAUAUUCAUAAGAAUCUCAUUAAUUGUUCGUACUUAGAGGUUUAUAAUAUUACUUAUCAACUGAUUUUUAUUGGGACGCUUACAGAUUUAAAUUGAUAUUUUAUGGAACGAGAAAGUUAGUAUAAUGACUUCAUUACACAUAAUUAUUAUAUUAUUAUAAUCGUAUAUGACUAGAAAAUGAAUGAUAGACCUAUUUCAUUUUUAUCGAUAACUAUUUUUUUCCUAUUUUAAACUAUAUGGUAAUUAUGUAGAGACCUUAAUCACAAUAAAAUAUUAUUUAAAUAGGUUCAAUUAAAUAAAACGGCAAAAAAAAAAAUAAAUACAAAAAUGUAUCACUAACUAAAAUCAAAAUAAUUCAUAUUAUUUUUUUAUUAAUUAAAAUUGGAAAUCGUACUUAAUUUGACUAAAAUUCAAAUGCCAGUAUUUUAUAGACAUAAGUAUGUAUUAUAUUUUUGUAAAUACUCGUAUAACCAAGAAUUAAACAUCAAUGCAUUAGGUAUGCAGAAAAAAUUAAACAAUGAGACGGAACAAUUAUUUGUAAUAGUAUCAACUGUAAUAGUCAAUUCUAUGAUAAACAACAGAGGAAAAAAAUAAUUUUAAUUUUAUAUGGGAAAGUUUUUUUUUUUACCAACUAUUCAUACGUUACGGUCUGUUGAACCCUCUAAGUGCGAGCUAUAUGUUUAAUUAAAUGAUUUAUUAAAAAUGUUUUAUAUUAUUAUAAUGUGUUAUAUAGAUUACCUAUUGUUAUAUUUUAACUUAUUCAACUUUUAAACAGCUAUAUAAUUAAAACACUUUUUUUUCAAAAAACAGGAAACAAUAAUUCAACCGAAUUGAUGAUUCAAAUAGACAGUAAGUCACGUCAAUGGUUUGGCGCAACAGUGAGAAGCUCGGGAGACGAUGGAGUAAUUUUGGUAAGUUUUAAACAUUCGUGAUGACUCGCAAUAUACAGUUUUAUAACUCUCAAUCUACAGAAACCUAGUAAUUAAACGGUGCUUAUAUAUUGUGUAUCGUUUAUAUUAAAUUUACUGUUCCUCGAUUAAUUUAUUUAAUUGUGUUUGUCUUAAAUUAAGUUCAAUAAAUAUUUUACUGCUAUAUCAAUAGUUAUUAGAAGGUAUGAUGGGGAUAUAAAAUCCCACUGUCUUUUUUAUAAUGUUAUGCCCCUAGUAAUCAUAUUUGCAAUCAAAAAUCGAUUGUGAGCAGAAGAGUAUUUGUGUUUUUCCUUGUAGCUAAGGUAACCCAAAAUCGACAAAAAUAAAACUUAUGUAUGUUGUUGUUUGUUAUUAGUUUUUAAAUUAGAUAGAAAAAUUUUAGAAGAUUUAGAAACUGUUUCAUAUAAAGUACCUACCAUCGGUUGUAAAAUCCAUGAUUAAUCCAAGCAUAUUUUCAACAAUUUCUGAUUUUUCUGAUAAUUGGUAUAAUAUAGGUAUAUUUUGAUAAAAAAAAAUACAGCUGAUAUCGAAUCCUCUUAAAGUACGAUUUAUUUACGACAUUAUUUUUACUAACCGAAAAAGUAUUUUCCGAGAAAAAUAAAACCGACCUGUAGAGAGAGAAUUAUUAUGUACAUUAAAAAAUUUACUUUUUCAAGUAAAAUUCAACCGUGUAAAAAUUCCAUACAUUAUAAGGUGCUGUGAGAAAUAGUUACUUUUCUCAUCAAAAAUGUGUUUUUAAAAAAAAACAACAAUGCAAUUUUUGAAAAAAGUAUUGCGUGUUUCAAAAAAAAUGUUUGUAUUAAAUACUAUUUGACGGAAAAUUUUAAGUAUAGCAUAAAGGCAUAAACAGAAAACUGUUUUUUUUAAAAAAAAAAAAAAACCAAAUUAAUAAAACAAAUGGGCAGCUUUUUCGCUUCACUCAUAAUCUAAAACAUAGACAUCUAUAUAGAUAAUAGAGGGUGAGAUGGGCUCCACACAAAGUUUACCUAACAUAUUUAGCAUCCACUACAGAAUAAAAUGAUAACUACGCCACUGGGUACCUACCAUAAUAAACAGUAACUAAGUUGAUUUAUAGGUUUAUUCAUAUAAAAGCUAAAAUAAUAUUACAUGAUGUAAAUACGUAAAAACCUGCAACUGUCAUAAACUUUUAUCAAUUUCGGACUUCAUAAUAUUCAUAAUAUUAUAACAAACUAAUUGCACCGAUCUGGUGCAAUAACCAGGCAUUGCCGCUUUGUAAAUUAUCCAGGAGAAUCAAUAAAUACUACGAAGAUGAAAAGUUACAGUUAAUAAAUAAUUUCCAUAAAACUGCAGAAAUGAAAAAAAAAGAAGGCAUAUAGGAACGAAUGUAAAGGGGUUUAAUUUUUAUCCGUAAGCAAUGAUAAACGAUUCCAAAUGAAGUUCGGUUAAUCGUGUUUUGGAAUGUCGUGAUUUUUUUACAAUUUUCGUCAAAAUGUGAACUUAAAUGCUUUAAAAAAAACUAUUACAUUACGCAUAUUUUUUGUUUUUUUACUACUAAAUAUACAACUGAUGAUAUUAUAUUAUCGAGAAUUUUGCUUGGUCAAAAUACAAUUAUACCCACAAAAAAUCAAAUAAGAUCAACAAACUACAAUAAUUUUAAAUGGCCUAAUAGCUUAAAAAUAAUAGCCGGAAUAUUUUGAACAUUUAACCACGUUUAGGAAGGGCUAGUAUAAUUAUUCGGUGAUAACGUUUUUACGAUUAUUUGUAAGCGUAUUAAAAAAAAAAAAAAAAUCAAAACCAAAAAUAACUAAAACUAAACCUCGUAGAUUUUCUCUUUUUUUCCGACGUAUUUUCCCGAUUAUUAAGAAAAAAAUACAUACAAGAAUAAUAAAAAAAAUGCUACCUCAGCAAACUAACUAGACAACAUAUUUUGAAACCAGAAACUUCUUUUGACGUUGACAAUCGGAACAAUAUUUCUGGUAGAAAAGUUAUUUACAGAUAAAAUAAAUCUCGCUUCGCUCAGAAUCUAAACCGUUAUUAAAAUACCUACGUAUAAAGCUAUAACAAUACAAUUAAUUUGGCGAAGAUUAGAUAUGUUUGGCUUUCAUCGCGGUACUCGUCGUGUUAUUGGUCAUCGCGGUCAAUUUUAUAAUAUUUUAAAGCCUGUAGAAUGCUAAUGACUCAUUAAUAUUUAAUAGCGACCGCUCUGUAUCUAUACAAGUGAUUUAUCACGGAAUUUGUCAUGGAGUUCAGGAGAUUUCUUUCCACAGUCGUAUUUCGGUAUAAUAUUUUAUACCUCCGCUGGCUACUGCAGUAAUCAAUCAACAUUGAUUUACCAUCCGAAUAAUAUUAAUGUUUCACUUCUCGUUGGCGCAUAACGAAAUUAUAAUUAAGCGCUGCAUACUAUAGGUACAAAUAGAUAUACAUGCCUAAUAAUAUAAUAUUUCGAUUUUCAUUUUUAAUUACGCACAAUAUUAAUUUAGUAGGAUGCACGAAUUCAAUUUGUCUAUUUACUGGUAUAAAUAUAGGAAUCCCAGGGGGUCUUCUACAUACGUGAUAUUUCCUUCGUCUAUAUACUCAUGUUAUAAUAUAAUUGAGUUGUUGUAAAGUCUGUACUUCAACCCACGCGUACUUGUUCAAUAUUCAUGUUAAUUGGAUUCCGGACUUUUAUGUUUAAAAAAACUAAAAUAUGAUACUAAAUAUUCUCGAAAAUAUAUAUAUAUAUAUACAUAUAUAUAUAUAUAAAUAUUCCCAUAAAAAUUAGAAAAAUAUGUACAUUUUUUUUAUGCAAAAAUAAUCAAUAAACGUCAAAAUAUGCUUAAUAUACUAUUUGUUUUUUUUUCAAAUGUUAUUAAGAUGGAAUACAAAUUCAUUGCAACAUAAAAUAAAAAGAUUUAUGCCAGACAAAAUAUUUAAUAAUUUAAUAAACAAAUACGUUGUUUAUAUCAUUAUGAAAAUGACUGUCAGCAGAUUAGAGCCACCGUAUACUUAGCGAAGACAAGACAACUUAUUAAUAUCAGUGCGUGUCUUUAUUUUAUUCAAAAUGAUAAUGAUAUAUGAACGAUUCAAAUAAAAUUUUACAUGUACCUACCUUAAAAUUUAAAUUUAAAAUAUUUUUUUUGUUUACCUACGAGUAUAUAAUACACAAAAUAUUUUUGAAUACAGUAAAACCCGUAAUAAUUGCAUUCAAGUGACUAUUUAAAAUUAGUCAUAAUAACCGAAGAUUGCCAUUAAAACCAAAAUGAUAAAAUCAAAUUUAAAAAUUUGAUAUUGUAUUAUGUAUAUGUAUUUAUAUGAAUAUUGUAUUACAUUCAAUAUGUCAUAUUUUUAUCACUAAAUCGUAAUUUAAAAUUUAAAAAAAAUUAUUUUUUACUAAUAAUAAAAUUAAAUACAGUUUAAUACAGUCAAUAUAGAUAACAGAUUUUUUCAAUUAACCAAAAUUAACCGGCAUAACAUCCGUACAGUCAUUAUACAGACAUCAUAAUAAUCGAUACAAAUAAGUCCAUAUACAAUAAUAGGAGUUUUGCUGGGACAUUCAAUCUAUAGUUAGUACACCCGAUAUAUUACAACAACUAAUUAUUUCAUUAUAAACGAUAACUACGUUGAAUGUUCCCCAAUCCCUGAAAUAUUUUCAAAUAUGCAAAAAACACUUUUUGCUGUAAACUCGAUGUUUAAUGAAUCGUACGCGUGUUUUAUUCUCAUAAAACUGCAUAUUAUAUUCAAAUAGCUACCAACCAUAAUCACAUUUUACUAAUAAUAUAGGUAUCUACUGCAGUUAGUAUCUAAAUUAUGAUGAAAAUAAGGACAAAGGUAAGGCGAUAAUAUUUUGUAUUUACCGAGGAUGCCAUAGUCGAAUUGUGUAAUUUAAAUUAAAUUAAAACAUAAUUGCUAUACAUAUUGUAAACGUGAUGUCGUUAAAAUUUUUUUUCAAUUACGGAACAUUUUAUACCUAUUACCUAUAAAGUAAUUAAUACUUUCUCAAUGGUCUUAAAAACUUAUUUACCAAUAUUCCAAUUUAGACGACGACCUUUGUGUUUUUUUUCAUUUCAAUUUCAAAACAUCGUCAGUUAAAAUAUAAUUAAUUGAUUUAAUUCAGAUUUUAUUACGAAAUAAUAGCUUAUAUGGGUAUAAUAUUAUGGUUAUUACGGAUAUUUGGUAUUUAUUGUUUACGUUUAUGAGCCAACCGUUUUCCACGUUAUCAAUUAAAUAUCAUAUUUGUUUAGUUUUUUAUUUCGUUUAUUGUUUACAUGUCUAUAUAAUAUAAUAAUGGACCCUAAUAAUAAAAAUAAUUGCAUGUUACACUAUAAUUGCUAUAAAUACUACCGGGAUUUUAAGUAUACAUUUGCAUCGACUAUACUAUGCCUAUAAUAUAGCACACAAUCAAUAACAAUAGUAAUUAACAUUAAUAUAUAAUUAAUACGUUUCUGUGACUAUAGCCUAUAGGCACUUAUUAGGUUAUGUACUAUUUAGUUAUACAAAGUGCUUCUGCAGGAUUUUACGAUUUCCAAUGGACUCCAUGUACCUAAUUGUAUAGAAAAUUGUUAAAUUCUGCAGAUACGCUCUGUAUACGUAUACUAUUAACUAAAACGAUAUAAACAUAAUAUUAUGAUAUUAUUACAUUAGUAUUUUUUGAAACGUUUACAUGUAAGUAUACGAGAUAUCGUAUGAUAUUAGAAUAUACAUUGUUAGAAUGAUAAUAUAUAAUUGUAUAAACAUUAUUGAAGGAUUUAAUUUUAAAAAAGUAUAAUAGGUGGACGGUUGUGAGAAGAUAGGAUGUAGUUAUUUAAUUCAUAUUUUUACGUAAUAAUAAAUCAUUGCCAACGAUUUUGAGCUAGGUUCAGUUAAAUAUCGUAUAUCUUGAAAUAUUUUCAAAUAUAAUAUAUAUUAUCAAACAUUUUGGUUAGACUAAAAAUUAUAUUCACAUAAGACAAAAAAAUAUUACGGGAAAUUACGUGAUUAUUUUAUGUUUUCCAUUGAAUUUUUACUUUCAAUGUAAAACUACUACAUUGUACUCUCAACUUUUCUUUAGACAAUUAAGUACAACUUGUGAUGAAUUUCGUAUAAAAUUGGCAAGCAUUUCUACUCAGCCGAAACCAUUUUAUCCACAUACCAAACCAUGUAAAAACUAAAUAAGAUUAAAUGCCUAUUAAUAAGUAGCUCAAAAAUCUUCAGAAUAUUUUUAAAAUUUUUUCUUUAAAUAUUCUGUGAAAAUUUCUGAUCACGAGAACUAUUUUUAGUAACUAUUAUUAACUGUUAAAAAAAAAGCAAGUAUCGAAAAUAUUUGAAGCCAUUAUUGCUGUAAAACUUUUCCAUUUUUCUUACGUUUUAUCCUAAUUAUAAAGAAAACUACAAGAAAAAUAGAUCUCAAAAUGCACACUAUACAAAAUAUUUGUUUUUAGAAAAGAUGGUACACUUGAAAUCGAAGUAAUAUUUAUGAUAAAAAAUUUGUUUACAUACAAAAAAGAAAAUUUUUAGAGCAGUUUUUAGUAUUUUUGAGAAACUUUUAAGUCACGUUAAAAAUCAUUUUUGGAGCAUUUUUCAAUAGUUUUACCUAAAAUUCAGCUGUUUUCACAUAAUAUCAACGACUAGAAUGAAUUAUAAUAUAAUUUUUUGAUUUUUCAGAAAUAUUUAAAUAACCUACUAUUUAUUGAAUACUUUUUAGGGCAAAAAAUGGGGAUCUUUUGAUAAAAUACAAUAUUAUUUUUUGUUUGUACCACUUAUGAUACAAUUUGAAGUACGCACCUAUACUGAUUUAAUCGUGUGUGAACUCACUGCAUCAAAUGGUUUUUCUAAAUUUAUCUAUUUGAAAAUAAUUAUUUUAACGAGUUAGCUGAAUUGUAUACACAAUUCUGAAAAUCCAUAACAAAUUAAUUAAAUAUAAAUAUUUUCAAAAAAGUAUUAUGUUCAAGCUAAAUUACAUUUAAAAAAUAAUAAUAAUCGAGUAAAAUUCUUUAUCAAACGUUUUACAUAAUACCGAUGCAAUUUUUCUAAUGAUGUCAUUUGAAAAUGUUUGGGUACGCUAAACACUAUGUAAUUAUAUCAUAUUAUAAUAUGUUAUUAUAAAUCGAGUAUUUUAGUUGUAUUGACUAUAUUAUACCUGUAACUAAUUAUUCUUAAUAGGCUAAAGAGCAAACCGUGUUUUUAUAAAAAAUAAAUAGAAUUACCCAUGUAUAAUAUUAUAAUAAUAUGCUCAAUACUUUCAGGAAUUUACAAUCGUUUAAAACAAUUUAUCCGAGGUGUUUAAUACAUACAGUGAGUGUAACUGGCUCAAUAAUUUUCCAUCGUAAUAAUAUGUAGGUACCUACCUAUGCUACAUGUAUAUUGUAUAGUGUAUACGCUGUUCAGUACUUUCUAUAAAACCGUGCGAAGUAAUUAAUACCCAUAACACUAUAGGUGGCAUUGAAAUUCAUUCGUUGUUUGUUAAGAAAAAAAAAAUACAUACAGCCAUAAAAAUGUCGAAGAACGGUCGUAUACGACAUAAACGUAUUGCAGAGUUAACUAUAAAUCAAUUACAACGCCAACGAUCAAAUGUACCAGUAACUAUGUAUAAUAAUAAAGCUGCUGCUUGCAGAGUCUUUCAAGAUUUCAAGGAUAUUUUAAUUUUUUAAAUUUUUAUAUGAUUAUUUUCGCAGAAUUAAAAUGGUAUAAUAUACUAAAACAAUAAUGUCAUGAUGAUAUAUCUACGUAUUAUGUAAUAUGAUGUCAUCUGUACAUGGCUAUAAUUUCUACAUGUCAUGCGUCUAAUAGAUAAUAGCGUAAUAUGCGUCUAAUAAUAGCGAAGCAAAACGGUUUAUUUACAAUACAUAAUACAUGAUUAGACCACGGAUUUUAAAGUUUUAAAAAUUCAUUGAGAAAAAAACUAUUAUAUGAAAUCGAUUGUUUGAAAUAUUUUCCGCCAAUAGGUUAGGAAUUACACUAAAAUCGUUUAAUAUUAAUAAUAAUAACAAACAAAAGGAGCAGCAUCAGUUCCUUUUUGUUUUAAGUGUACCUGCAAUAUUAUGUAUGUGAAGUUGAGAAAAUAGGAUACAUAGAGUUAAUUUAAUUUAUAUCUGUAUUCGACGAUAAAUCAUUACCAAUGAAAAACAAUUCUGAUCAAAGUAUUAUUAGGUAGUCGGAUAUUUUUCUUUGGUGUUAAGCAUCACCACUUAGGUUUUCCGAUUUAUUAAAAAAACUAUAAUAAAAUUAAAAAUUGAACUCCUCAGUACACCAACUAGAUCAAAAAUGUUACAGGAAAAUUCCUAUAAAGUUUUUGAUUAGAACAAGAUUUCUGGUAGGUAGAAUAGUUGUUUACAGACACUAAAAUAAAAAAAAAAAUCAAUAAAUUCCUCAGUUAGCUAAAAAUCUAAAAGUUUAAAAUCUAAAACUAGAAAAAUCAUAUUUAUGCAACUUAAAAAGCUUCAAUUAGACUUACGAAUCGAUUGAAAAAAUAAACAGUUUUUCAAAACUUUAUAGGUACAUAACAAUUUAUUUGUUGAUUACCAUUUUGUUGCAGAUUAACAUUUUUCUUUUCGACUUUGCAUAUAUUUAUAUCAUAUUACCAUAUCGUCACAAAAAUGUAUCUUUUUUUCAGCAUUACUGACGAAAAAGGUCGCAUCUCUGUCUAGAUCAGAUUCGAAAUUAGAGAAAAAGUGAAAUAUGACCUUUUUCGUUGUGGUGGUUGAUACGCAGUGACGCCAAAUACGUAUUUUAGGUGGAUCAUUUGAAAAACCUAAAUUAGGUGGGUGUUUGCUAGCACUGGUUUGUACAUAAAGUUUUUAUUUAGUAGGCAUACUUAUUAUAAUUUGUAUAAAACUAUGAACAUGCCUACAAGUUACAACACCGAUUAAAAGAAAAUACAUUACUUUAUUAACGUGUAGCGUGUGCAUAAGGAUGUUUAAACAUAGAAUAUUAAAUAUUAUGAAUAAUGAAUGCGUGUAGUGUGUCACUGAUACGAUAAGAGAUUAAAGAUUUGAACCAAAUAUAGAAGUUGGAAAAAGUACGAGGAUACGCCUUUUUUUCGUUUCGGCAGACUUUUUUACGCGUACAUAUAUUAUAAUAAUAUGGUAUUUAUGUGUAUGGUAUAUGUGAUAUAUUGUUAUAGAAGAUACGGAAACGAUAUAUUCUUAUACAUACCUAUAACAAUAUAUUUAUUAUGUACGGUGUUUAAAUAGCACUUCCAUCCGAUAGGUUCGCGAUAGUAAUUAUUAAAUAAUGUACUUAUGUAAUAUAUCUAUUCUACCUAUAGAAACAUGAUCAGGUUUUAUCGAAUGCUGCAAUUUUAUUAUGGCCAUAUAAGAGACUCAACCUGUCUGUAGAUGGUUAUUUUUCGAAGAAUUCCGUCAACACGAAUCCGGUAUAGUUUUUUACUAUCACGCGCGUAUAUAGUUGCAUAUCUUUAUAAAAAUAUAUAAAAUAACCCCGAUAAAACACCGUUUCAUCGUCGUCGAGAGAAUAUAAUUAUUGAUGAUUUUUCCUUCUUCAAAUAUUUUAACCGUAUAGAAAAAAAAUCCGUUAUAUCCAUACUCUGUAUUAUAGUAUUAUGAUGGAGUUUUUUUAAUACAUCAUCAUCAUCAUCAUCGUUGUCUAGGAUAAAUAUGAUGUUAGCCCCGUUUCUCUUCGCAGGUGGUUAUUGUCAAAAGUGCUGUUGAGUAUACUAUAUGUUAUUAUUAUUAAACACAUGACGGUUUGGAAUAAUCUCGAUUGUCCGUAUAUUCGAGAAACACAAAAGAUUCGAAAUCUCUUUAGGAAUUGUGAUGAUGGGAUCACCAAAAUUUAUAUAAAUAUAUAUAUACACAUUGCAGCAUUACGGACAAAAAUUACAAUCAUAUUAUUGUGUGUACCGUGAUUUUUCGAAGCGUGCGUUAAACAUUUAUUUACAUAAUUCUUUGGUGUUUGUUUAUUAAUGUUUAUUGUAUAAAAUAUAUAUACACGAAAAAAGAAAGAAACCGAAAGAGAAUCAAUCGUUUAGCGAUUUUAUUAUUUUAUACAGACGUAUAAAAAUAAGAAACAACUAAUAAAACAAUUGUAAUUCCGUGUAGACUUUUUGAUAUUGAAUGUUGCACUUAACCACACUUUUGGCAUAUGCCUACUAAAGACAGAUAUUUAUAUGUAUGUGCAUAUUUUUAUUAGUAGGACGAAAAAAUAACUAGUUUAUACUAAAAUGUGUUUCAUGACCUACCAAUUCUAUACAUAAAAAAUAUAUUUUGCGUAUUUAAAAUAGGGUAAUCGUAUUUUGGGCAUUGUACAUUUUUAGAGCAUAUUUUAUAAUUUUUUUUUUUUAUGGUUACUUUAAAAAAAAAAAAUACUAAUAUGUUCUCCUUAAGAUUGUAACUCAACCAAUCGAGAGUUGUAUAAUAUAGCAUAUAUUUAAGAUUUAUAAAUAAGAGCAGGCGAACUGAUAACUUUAGUACUCGAACCAGGAAAAAAAAUUAUUCUUUUCACUCAAAUUAAUUGUUAUAGGUUUUCCAAUUCAUUGUAGUUUAGUAUAACAAAAUAUUCAUAUUUCCAAUAGUUUUAUUAAAGACAUAUUUGAAUAAUUUAUAUGGUAUAACUGCAUGCAUCAAAGGUCGUACACGAAGGGUUAGGGUUUAUCCCUACCCAAUAUUUGAAAAAAGCAUCAUAUAGGUACUAUAGUUUAAAAUGUUUAAUUGUUUACUUACUAACUCCCCCACCCGAAAUAUGUUCCUAGAAACAGUUGUAUACGUGCCUGCCGUGUAUGCCUAUAUCAUUAUAUUAUUAUUAAUAUAUUUUUAUUUAUCUAUUAAAUAUCAUUCUCUGCCUUACAUAUUACUUAUAAUAUUAUAUCGCGGGUUAUAUACAAACCGCGGCGAAUAUACAUAUGUUCGAUGUAUUAUUAUUGUUGUGAUUAUGAAAUCGGACACCCUCGUCGACUAUAAUAAUAUGUCUAUACGGACCACUAAGUCGCGGUAUACAAGAGCUAUCUACUCCUGGAAUAAUACACGCAAAUAACAUUAUGCGGUUAUAUAGUAGACCGAUGUCUUAUCAUUAUCGUUUUUUGUUAUUAUACACUUGUCCCUGCCGCUGCCGUCACCUGACUUGAAAUACUUAUGAUACUUAUAGUAUAAUAUUAAUAGUAAUAAUAAUAUGAUACUAUGCACUGAAUGAAACAGAAUGCCGCCACGCAUCCGAUCCGGUUUACCCGAGGUCAAAGUGGAUUGUAAAACGAGCAUGUCGCACGCCUGAAGCUCCUCCGCGGGUACCCGCCAUCCACUGCAGUAUACAUACGUAGAUAUAUGACGUUAAAACGACGUAAAAGGCGAUUUUUUUCCCUGCCUUUCUUUUCGCUCUCCAUUGUAUUCGAUUUUUAUUUUUUUACUUACAUACUAUCGUUCCGCGGGAUUAGCGGAGGAGCCGAGGGGAGUGUACGAUGGAGGGAUACCCGAAGAGAAAACUAUAUUUAAAUACAACGACGUAAAACCAAUAAAUAUUAACCAAUGUUGUCGUAUUAUACUAUAUUAUAUAUUUAUACAUUAUACAGGUAGUCGAAUACGCACCUUGCUGCGGUCGUGUGCGGUUUGCAAGAAAAAAACAUUAUACAACUUCUAUGAUAAGUCGUGUGUGAUGGUGGUCGUGCGAAUAUAAUAUCACUGACCCCUAGGUAUAGUAAUACAAUACAAGUGUGCAGUAUGGUCGCACGCAUUUUCCUCCUCGACUGGGAAAAUAAUCUAUUCGAUAUAAUAUAAUAUCCUAAUCCAAAAGCCGCGGUCGUCAGUGACAAAUUAUCGUGAUUGAUUUUAUUUCCCAGUGGCGGCAAUUAAUAUUAUAGUAAAAAUAUACCCGGUUACUAGUUAGGUUUAAAAUUGUCGGUGUAUUCGAGUAGCGUCCAUAAAUAAUAUUUUGUCCGAGUUGCGUCUAAGAUUUUAUCACGACACAUCAGAGUUGCAUCCGCGUUAAUUAUUGAUAUAUACAUAUUUUCCUUUCCACUUUUACAGAUUGAUGAGGACUGUCAUUUAUAUAAAUGAUAUUAUUAAAAAUAUAUUAUAUAUUAUAUAUAUAUAUAUAUACGCAAUUAGUGUGCCAAAAAUAUCCAAGCGAACAUGACGUAAAGACGACUAUUUAACGUCUAUAAUUUCAGUGGCAUGCCCGGGAAUUUUCAAUAGGAAAGAAUGUAGUAAUAAUAAUAAUAAUAAUAAUGAUUUUUGAACAAAUCUUAGAAUCUCCUUUUACUAUGCCUAACUCGACGGUGAAAAUUUAAAAGCCGGAUUGAAAAAAAAACAAUUUUUAUAUAUUUAUAAACCUAGUACAUAGUACCUACAUUAUUUUAUAUUCUGGCCCACUGUGGAAUGAAAGAAUGAUUUUACCCCCCCCCCAGUCUGUACUAUCCCUGCACUGUAUGAUGUUAUAUUACUUGAACUCAACCCAAGCCAUUAUGACUGCUAAUAAAGCUACUAUAAAAGAUACGUGAAACUUUUGUGUUAGAUAAUUAUAUUUUGUAUGGUUUUAAUUCUCCUUUGUUUACAUCAUCGACAUUAAUAAUAUCCACCGAUUUUACCAUACAUUUGCCGAACAUCGUACCUAUAGUUUGUAUUGUUUUAAUUUAUAAACAGUGCCUUGGUUUGGUUAUAGGUUUUAUAACACUAUAGUAAUAAUACAUAAUCAUAAUUCAUAAUAUCAUCAAACUAUUUACCUACUCUUUCUUCACUAUAUAUGCUUAUAACGUAUACGUGUUCAAAAAUAAUAUUUUGGUAAUGGUUGAAGAUGCGUAGUGUAUACGAUAACACGAUGAUGGCAAUAAUUUCACAAAUAAAUAGAAAUUAUUCCUAUAAAUAACCGUAUUUUUUUUUUAAUCUUAAAUCCUUUCGCACGUACCUAUUUUAUUUUUUUUUCAAGUCUCAUCCAACCAUAUGUUGUUUAUACUUCAUUCACAAUUAUUAUUUUGAUCAGUUAUGCAAUAUACAGUUUGUUUUUUUUUUAAUUUUGAUAUUGGCACUUUACCAAAAACUAAAAAAAUAUUAUACAAUUCAUGCUGUAUGUUAAUAGUUUAUGAAUUUUACAGUUUAUAUAUACGAUAAAUUGGUAUGUAAUUAGAUAGUGCAAGCACGACAAAGGGAGUUAUUAAUCUCAUAUGAUGCAUUUUUGAAAUUCCAAUCGAAGCGGAGUAAGGAAUGUAUUGGUUUGAAACGUUUAGACUUCAUUUUAUACGCGUGAAAAUGAUUUUAACCAGAAAAUUCGCUCCAAUUUUCAACAUCACAGUUGAUAGCUACUCGUAGAAUUUGUGAUCUAUGUAUAGUUAGUCAUUUUUACAAUUUCGGUUAUUAAUUAUUAGUUUUAAUAGGUGUGCUUUUUUUUUUUUUGUAAAACCUUUCUACCAAAAAUCUUGCUCCAAAGUAUCAAGCACUUUUUCUGGAAAAUAGUUUUCUUCAUUUUUGGUGCAUUAGGCAAGUCAUUUUUUUGGUUUCAAAGCAGUUUUAAAAAUUGGGAAAACCGAAAAAAAACGAGUAAAUUUACGAAAAUAAUGCUAUUAUUUUCAAAUUUGUUUUUUUGUUAUAAUUUAAUUAAAAAUAUUUGCAGAUACAUUAAAUCAGAAACCUUAUAUAAGCCUUGUAUAGACGUGAUCAAAUUUUCAAAAUAUUUGAUCCAUUUUUGAGCUUAUUAUAGAUAUUUUAAUUUUGUGAGUUUUUUGCGUAAUAUUUAUUCGGUAAGUACUUUGUGAAUAAAAUAAAAUUAGUAAACCAAACAAAAAUACAUUAAAAUUUAACAAGAGGUUCAUUAUAAGUUAUACUUAAUGGUAAAUAAGAAAAAGUUUAGUUUAAUGUAGUAUUAUUUUUUUUUUAAUAAGAAUUGUAAUAUCAAAUUUUGACGAAAAUCGUAAAUAUUACGGCCUUUUAAAUGAUUCAUCGUCGCAUAUAAAAAUAAAUUAAAUUCCCCUGUAUAUCUUACCUUUUCAACAUCUCACCUAUAACAGUAGUCCACCCAUCGUGCUAAAUAUAUCCAUCUUUUUUUUUACUUAUUUAUUAUUUUAGGAAUUUUUAAUAAAGGAGUAAAAUCACAGGGAAGAAGAAUAAUAACAACACUCACUACGAUUUUAAUAAAACUGAUUUUGCAUUUUUUUUUUUUUUUUUUCUAAAAUUUAAUUAGAUAAUCGUAGAGAUUGAUAUUUACUAAUAAUAAUAAUAUUUAUGAUGAGUUUUAUUAAUAUUUUUAAGUGAUUAUAUAGUGAUUUUAAUUGAAAAAUCAAAUUUCCUAGAAUGUAUACGAGUACUUUUAAUUAAUUAAUUAUUAAUUUAAUUUCGAUAGGUAGCGGUACGGACAAUAAAUAUUAAAUUGAUCGUCAUUGAUUUCCCGCCGCUGAUAUGAAAUUCAUAGUUUGGCAUUGGCAGUGUAGGGUUUAUAGUUAUAUACGAUAAAAAUUAUUAAAGAUAGAAUGUAUAGUAACCGUAAAGUUAAACCCACUGAGAUGUUGUUCUAGGUAGUCUUGGUAUACUAUUAUGCAGCGUUGGAAAUUUAAAAAAAAAAAAAAAGAGCUUAUAUUGGAAACGAUUACAGCCAUUGUUUUAGGUGGAUAGUUGGGAAGAUCGAAUAUAUAAUGUUAUUUAAUUUACAUUUGUAACCAACGAUAAGCCAUUGCUAACGAAAAGUGAUUCGGAGAGAAGUUAGGUUAUACAUGUUCUGAAAGACCAAAAUAUUUACGAUUUUCGCCAAUAUUUGAUUUUAAAACUCUUAUAAAAAAAUAUUACACUCAUUUUUUUUUUCUACCACUAAGUGCAACAUAUAAUGAACCUCUUGUAAAAUUUUCUAUAUUACAAUAUAUAAUAAGCAAUUUUAUCCACAGAGUACCUACCAAAUAAAAAUUACAUAAAAAACUCAUGAAAUUAAAGAGCCUAUAAAUAGCUCAAAAGUAAUUACAAUGUUUUGAAUAUUUCACCGUGUCUAUAAAAGGCAUAUAUAUUAAGUUUUUCCAAUUUUAAAGUCUCUAAAAACAUUUUUAACUAAAGUACAACAAAAAAUAUAAUUGAAGAUAAUAAAAGCAUUAUUUUCGUGAAUUUACUCGUUCUUUUUAAACAUUUUUCGAUUUGCUCAAUAAAAAAAAAAGAAAAAAAAAAGUAUAUAAAGAAAAUCAAUGACUUUCUUGGUCACAAACUAAAAUAAAAACUCAAUAAAAAAGAUCUCUCAUUGUUUAUUUUUAUUAAAACAAUAUGUUUAGUAGAAAACGAAAGGAGUAAAAAUGUAAAAUAUUAAAAACGUAACAUUGUAAAUUUGUCAAUUAUCAUUUUAGGUUCUUUCCCGGUUUUUGUUACUUAUUAAUAAUACUACAAAGAAAGUAAAAAAAUGAAUUACUUGCUCACGAACUAGAUUUAAAGUGCAACGAAAAAGGUUUUCUUGGAUUUUUUCAGCUAAGAGCAAUAUUUAUGGUAGAAAACAAUUUGGGUUUUUCUCAUAUCUUUCGAAAACCCUUGAAAAACCGAAAAAUGAUCUCUCUAAUGCACCAACUAGACAAAAUUUCUUUUCACUAAACUCCAUACAUCGGAGCAAGAUUUUUGUGGAAAAGUUGUUUACAGAGAGAAAAAAAAGUGAAACGUUAAAAUAAUAUGAUUUAAUAUUAAACGCUAUUUUAGAUUGUAUCUAUACUGCAGUAUACAUAUAUGAAAUUAAUGGGUUCUAUAAUGGCAUGGCUGAAAAAUGAAAUUAAGAUAAGUCGUGGAAAAAAUAAAAAAUAAAUUACUGGUAAAUAACAUAAUCUACGAGGGCGAACUCUUGUGUAUUAUAUUUUUUAUAUAAGUACCUAUGUGCAAUAAUAAUUCAUCCUGCACUAAUUUAAUAUAGGUAUAGGUAACGCUAGAUGAUCGAUGCACGAUCGACGAGCUAGCGUGCACAGCACAAUAUUAUAAUAAUAUAAAACGAAAAAGUAAAUAUCAAAUCUCGCAUAGGUAUAUUAUAAUAUACUUUUGUUAAAAAAUAAAACACCAGACGAAUAAACUAUAUAUUUCUCAUUUUUUUAAUUUGCCCCAUCAUAGCUGGAUUCUAUAUAACAAUUAUCAGAGAACAUUUAUCGAGCCAAAUAGCAAAUGUAUAGUAUAUUUAUAAUAUAAUUUUUAGUAUAUUACCCAUACGAAUAUAAUAUAGAACCGCAGUUAAUUGCAUUAAAUAUAUAAUUUAAAAACAGCUUUAGUGUAAAACACGAUUUUCUCGGUCACGAAUAAGUAGGUAGCACUAUUUUGUGAUGAAUUAUGCAUUUGUAGUUAUUGGUGUAGAAUUUAUAUAAUUUUUGUUUAAUUUGUUAUUCUUUGUUAAAAAAUAUCAUAAAUAGGAAAUGUUAUCAGAGGUGUAAGUAUAGAUUAUUUGUGUUUAUUUUAUUAUUUUAUCUGACUAUCAACUAUUCUGACUGAACUAGGAGUUCAAAAAAUAAUCGAACUCUUAUAUUAAUUUCGAAAUGGAGGGAGGGAAGUUAAACCACCAAACUUCCCAUUACCUAUAUCCCUAUAUCAUUAUUAUGUAUUGUGAUUAUAACGAGUAUUUCACUGUAAUAUACCUGGCUGUAAAAAAUUAGUAUCAAUAGUAAUUUAUAAAUUUAAAUUAAAAACGCAACGCCUUACACUCAGGAUAUUUAUAAUAGAUACUUUAAUUUUAUAUUAAAAAUGAAUUUAUUAAAGAAAUUUAAUUUAAAUGGUGGUAAAUAGUUAUCAAAAGUAUAAAAGAAGGUCUUUAUGUUUGAGUUACUUACAUUAUGUUAUAAAGGCAUUCCAUCAUAAUGAUUCAUAAAAAAAUAUAACAUAGCUAUAUCUUUACUCGUAUUACCUACCUAUCUCAAUAUUAUUAAUGGUUAUUCGGAAAGUAUGAAAUACGCGUUAAAUUGUAUUUAUCUUACACUCUGCAUUAGUUUUGUUUAUUGUUUUUUAACAAAAUAAUAAUCUAAAAAGUGUUUCGUUGGACGGCAUAAUUGAGAUAAAAUAAUUUUUGUUAUAAAUGGUCUUGUUCCAUAUUUGUAACGGUCGAUUAAUCAAUGUCUUCAAAUCUAAGAGCUACUUGGAAUGAAAAAAAAUAAAUACAUGUAACGAGACCAUCAUUGUUAUACACUCGUGCAUUACACAUUCAUUUCUAGAUGUUCCUUACUAAUUUGUCUGUCAUUUAAGGCUCGACUGAAUGGAAUCAAAAGACUGCAAUUAUUAUUUCCAUAGUCAUUGGAAAGAAAUUGUUGUAGUUAAAAUUAUAGUCGUAAAUGGAAAUGCGGUAAUCGAAAAUUAAAUUUAAAAAUAAAAUAUAUAUAUAUAUUAUAUAUGUAUACGAAUUACCUAUCUACACAUAAGUGUACCUUUGAUUCUGAUCGAAUAACUGAGAAAUUAUUUAUUUUACCAUGUAUGCUUUUAUUUGUUGGGUCUGUGAAUAAUUCAACAAGGGUGGUUUCUUGUUACGAAUUCUGUCAUGCAAGGAAGUACUCGUCACUUGAGGGCCAUUGCGCAGUUCUUCCAUGUGAAUAGAAAACUAGAGUCGACCUAUUGCGGGCCAUUCUACUACAUAUUUAUCGUACAUCGCGAUGUCUAUAAUAGAUAAUGUAGAAAACCUGUACAAAUUUAUUUCAUUUAUUACUUAAGUACUAACAUAAGCAUUUAAUGUAAGAAUUUUACUAACGAUUUAACAAUCGUUAAUUUAUACGCAUUUGUAAUCGCAAAUUCCAAAUUUAUAUACCUUUCAGAAUUCUCCCUCUCAGUUACACUAGUACUCCACAUUUUACACGAUGAACAUAUUGACUUAUCAACUCAAUUUAUUCGUGAUUCGGUGUUAAGUUAUUUUACGGGCUGACCAUCUGGCAGCCACGGAAAAUCAACCUAACCAUUUAUAGAAUAUGUGAAAAAAAGAUUUAAAUAUCUAUAAACAAAUAAUCCAAUUUUAAGCCUUUUUUAAUUAUAGUAAUCGGAAAUAAAUUGCUGUAGUUAAAAUUGAAAUCGUAAAAUGAUAAUGUGAUACUUAAACAAAAAUUAAAUUUAAAAAUAUCAUAAAUAUAAUAUCAUAUUCACAGGUAUAUCUAUUUUUUUUUUUCAAAUUCAAUUUGAAUUUAUAAUAUUAUUUUGUUAAUGUUUCAGGCUUGUGCUCCAAGGUAUGUUUACUACUCUACUGGCGGUAACAGAAAAGAUCCCGUGGGCACGUGUUAUGUUACCAGAAACUUCAAUGAUUAUUCUGAAUACUCGCCGUGUCGAACGAGUAAGUAAAUUUAAUUUGGUGUGAUAAUAGGUGUAUUAAUAUGGUAAUACUUGCUUAGGGAAGGGUGGAAAUACCUAGUACUCAGUGUUGUGGGAGAAGAGUGUAUUUUUUUAGGUUUUAAUACUCCUACAAACGUUCCAAAUAAAGCCAGGGAGAUAACAGUUUAUAAUAUAUGAAUGGCUUUAGUACCUAUCAAGAAUGUGCAUUUUGAAAGCUAAAACUUUUAACUAUAUCUCUACCGUUUUAUUGAUGAUAUUAUGCAAUUUUUUUUGAAUUAUACUUACUUAUAAUAUAACCUACCUAUAUGUAUCUGCAUGUAGUAUAAUAUAGUAUUGUAUUAUUAUAUUAUUCGUUUUUUUAUUAUUUUGCAAAGAAUAUUUUCAUAAUAUACAAAAUAUAUGAGAUAAAAUAAACUCUACUGACGGAAUUCUGCUGCUGACUGAUAUUUUUUUGGUUUACUGGUUUUACUAGUUUCUCAUGGAUAACACGAACAAAAAAAUAAAACUAUUUCUUGUAUUGUAACAGACAACGCUGUGAUGGAAUCUCACUAGUAAAAAAUAAAACAAUCGCGUUGAAUAUUGUUAAAAAAAUUACGGACAUACUUCGCUCGAUGGGUGGGCCACUGUUGUGGGUGAAAAAUUAGAAAAAUAAGAUAGAGGGGAAUUUAAUUUAUAUUUGUGUGCAACGACAAACUAUUUCUAACGAAAAAGGAUUCAGAACGAAGUUUCUUAUAUACAUGUACGUACAUUUUUCCAUUUUUCAUACGAUUUCCCCAAUUAUUAUUAAAACCGCUUAGAAAAUCAAGAAAUGGCCUUCCUUAAGUACCAUCCAAAUAAAAUCUCUUUUUAGAAAAAGUACUAUAUUUUAAAAUAGGAACAAGAUUUCUGAAAAAAAGUCGUUCACAGAUAUAAAAAAUAAAUAAAUAAAUAAACAUCAUUAUGAAACCAAUAUACUCCUUGUUACGCUCCGAAUCUAAAAUCUGCUAAUUUCGUUAUUUUACACGUUAUCACGGUACAUUACAAAACUAUAAUUGGGUACUUAACUGUUCAUAUAAAAAAAAAAAUCAUUCAUCGUUGUAUAAUUAUUCAGUAAACACAAUAAUAUUAAUUUCCAUUAUAACAAUUUAAUGUAAAUAUUGUGUUUUACAUUUAAAUUUAUGUUUACUCGUAUUUGAAAAAGUAGAGAUAUGGUAAUAUACGGAUAUUAUAAUUAUAACAUUAUACUAGUAACGAAAAAUUAUAACAUUCGAAAAACGAUAACGAUUAGAAGUUAUAUAAGAUUAAUAUUAUGAAUAUUGAUAUGAACACUUUUUAGAAUUUUUUCCUUUUUUUAUCAUUUUUUCAGCAUAUAAAUUCGAAAAAUGACAUCUUUAAUAAGUAUACAUUUGAGGUACCAUUGUUAAUUAUAAAAACGAAAUACCUAUACAGCUUUUUGAUUAUACUUACCUAUUUCUACUGAUUCAACAAAAAUUGAAGAAUUUGAAAAAAAAAAAAUACAACUAUAUAAGCAUAAUUUGUUAUAAUCAAGAGUAUAUAUUUUAAAAACAACCUGUGUAUUUCAUACCUUCCCAAUCAUACUGCCUAUAUUCUAUUUUGAUUAAAUUAUAUUAAAUGUUGAAAUUAAAAAAAAAAAAAAAAUGUAUAAUUAUAUAAUUAACAGAAUAUAUUACGAACGUGUCUGUUACCUGUAUAACUUUUACAUUUGAUUGUAGGUACUGCUUUACUAUAGUAUAUCAUGCCUAUAAACUUACAUUUAAUAAAAUGCUUUUUUUUUUUUAGAUAAAGUUUUAAAAUAGAUUUUUAAAGAAAUAUAGUAGGUAGUUAUAAAUUUAAAAAUAUAUUACUAAUUCAAAAUAAACUGGGUCAACUAACUAAUAAUAUAAACGCGUGUAUAACCGUCGAAUUUACAAUAAUCGUAUUCACAUAUGUUUUCCAGGGAAUUGGGGCCAUCAUAAACAGGGUACUUGCCAAGCUGGACUGGGAGCAUCUGCUUCUAAGGUAUACACAUAUAUUAUAAAACUUAGCUUUUAAGUUAUAUUAUAUUGCUUUAGUCCUUGAAAUGUUAAAAAAUCAUUUUUUUUUUUCAAUUUUUCCUAUUUAGGACGGAAAACGAUUAUUCAUAGGUGCCGUUGGAAGUUGGUAUUGGCAAGGUAUUGGCGAGUUUAUACACUUAGUAUACAUUACAUUAUAACUAUAUUUAUAAUUGUAUAUUAAAAAACAAAUAUCCUAAAAUUAAAAUAAGUUAUUAUAAUCACUAUAUAAUUAUUGUUGUAUGCAUGUGAAUUUGUAAUUUUCCUACGCCAGGUUAGAAAAGAUGUGCCUCCUAUGCAUGUAUACUUUUAAUUUCACAAUUCGGCAUGUAGUUUAUAUGAUGCUUAUUAUAUGUCUAUAUCUUGGGGUUCGCACGAAGUGCCCGGCAAAUGUACUUGUAUACAUCUCUUGUUUAAGGGACAUAUUAUAUUAUAUAUACUAUUAUGCAUUUUAUUUUAUCUCCUAUGAAACCUACUGAAAGUUUAGGGCAUGUUUUAUUCGUUGGGACUUUUUACGUAUUUUUUUUUGGAUGUAAAACACCAUAUGUUUAAUGUUAUUUUACAGGCCAAUUAUACUCAGUCAAUUCGACAGCUCAGUUGCCGUUUACACCGGCAACACAAUAUAUCUUCAACUACAUCGACGAAGGUAAACACGUGUUGAAAAAUGAAAAAGGAACUACAGUAAAAAUUCCCUCCAAAAUUCAUUGAUGGCCUAUUAACCUAUUAAAGUUUAAUCGUAGGGCUUGAAAUAUUUACUUUUUUAUUUGAUAAUAUAUUAAAUUUACAAAUAAUUGAACUUUUAAUUUGAUGACCUCUUCAUACUUUUCGAAAGUUUAAUUCUUUUUUCAAAUAUACCUAUACAUACUUUUCAAAAAUGAUGCACUUUUUUUAAAUCUUUUAUUUAAACUUGAUUAUUGUCUCAACAAUAUUAAAAUUCUAUUUCAGUUUAUUAUUAAUACAAUUACAAUUAAUAUUAACAUUAUUAAGGAGUUUCUUAAAUAGGUAUAUUAUUAAAACGUUUUUUUUUUCUAAAAAUUAUUCGUCAGUGUAGAUAAGAGAACGCUACGCAUGCAUUUAUACUGUUUCUGUCUGAAUAACCUUCAAUAUAAUAUAACUACGUUACUUAGAAUGUAAAUUGUGACAUUUAGAUUGAAAUUAGAGUUUAAACACAAAUAACACAACUGAAACAGGAGAAUAAUUUCAAGGGCUUUUUCUAAAAACAAAUGCCAUAUAAAAAAGUUACAGCUAUUUAAAGAAACAAAAACUAACAUGGCUAUAACUUUUUUGUAAAAUAUAUCCGUACAACCUUUAAAAAUAUUCUUCUCUUUACAUUUUGUUAUUUGUAUUUAAACUCUAAUUUCAAUCUAAACGUCACAAUUUUCGUUCUAAGAGAUGUAAUUUUGCUAUGUUGUCCGUUAGUUAGACUGAAACAGAUGCGUGUACUGUGUAGAGCAUCAUAAGACAAUCGUAGAUUCAUUAGUACUUAAAUUGUAUUACCUUUAUGUAAGGAAUACAAUAAAUAUGAUUACAAUUAAUUUCAAGCCCCGUUUAAUUGGCAUGAUGGUUAGGGUGUGAUGAGUUGCAUUUUUGUGGAAAAUCGUUGGACGCUUUUUUUUUUUAUUAUUUUCUGUGCUUUGGUCUUGGUAUAUUACACUAAACAUUUUACAGCUUGUUGCUUAUAGCAUUGUUCACUAACCGUUUUCUAUAUUAUAUACUUUUAUUUUGAAUUACAAGUUUUGUUAAAAUGUUUAAUAAUAAUUUACAUAAUAUUCCAGAGAAUAGAAUAAUAAAAUAAUUAUUUUAAUCCAAAUAAUUUUAAUUGCAUCAUCACUUAAAACCACGCACCUAUAAAAUACGGUACAGGGUGUUUCAAAAAAAAAAAAAAAAAACUAUUUGUGAACUUGCUAUAGUUUUAUUUUAUGAACCAGAAAGAUGUGUUUAGAAGAAAGAUAGCAAUAAUAAUAAUAAUAAAAAAGACAUUAAUGCCAGGGAAAGAGUUUAAACUCAAAACGAAGUUCUAUAAAUGGUCUAUAGUCAGACAGGUGUACUCCUGAUGACAGAUGCUCAUUAGAAACACGAGCAACAUGUCAACAUCUAAUAGACUCACGAAAAAUCCUGUACUAAAAAUAUUAACAUAUUAUACAUGUAUAUAAAAAUUGAAGAAAAAACUGUACUAAAAUUAUCCUAGGAUAACAUUAUAAAGAAAAAUAAAGAUGGAUUAAACAUUGUUUUUAAGAAUAAAAUUUAGCUUUUUUUUGUAACUCACUAAACUUGGAUAAAGGAAUAUCAUUAAAUACAGAAAGAGUGAAAAAACUAUUUUUAUAAUAUUGUAUUAAUUUUAUCAGGUCAAGUAUACUCACAAAACUUAUAUAGUCGGCCGGAAGUGUUUUCGACCAACGAGGGACCGCAAACAGACGAUGAUUCGUAUCUCGGUUAUUCGGUUGCUGUUGGUGCAUUUGGAUUUGGUUCAGAAUCCGGUGUAGCGGUCGGCAUGCCCAGAGGCGCAGAACUUUUUGGAAAAGUAUAGAAUAACUGAAAACUGUAAUUUAUAUUGUUUUAUUCAGUAUUAAAUGAUUUUUUCUUUUGUAAUGUAAUCCACGCAGAUCGUAUUGUACUCUACCAAUUUGACAAAUCUAUAUAACAUUACCGGAGAACAAAUCGGCGGAUAUUUCGGUUAUUCGAUUUGCGUUUCAGACGUAGACGGAGAUGGUGGUGACGAUAUCAUAGUUGGCGCACCAAUGUACAACGAUUAUUCCAAACACGAUGAGUCUUACGAGACAGGGAAAGUGUAUGUGUACUUGAAAAAAGACGUAAGAAACGACUAAUUUUGAACAUCGUUUUAUGUAUUUAAGUUGAUGCUGUUUUGCUGAGUUAUAUUAUAAAUGUAUGUACUCAGUGGCACGCCAAAGAAUUUUCAAUAGGAGAGGAUUUAACAAAUAAGAAUCGUGAAUAAAUCAUAAAAUCGUAUUCUCUAUAGCGUUAUACCCAACUAGAUUAAAAAAACAAAUUUCUAAUCAAUACACCAAGCUUUUCCUCGUAAUUUAGCUGAAAUAUAUUAUGUAUUUCAAUAUGAGAUUACUAAUAUUUGUUUGUAUUUUUAAACCAUUGAAUGGAAAGAUAUAAUCCCUAACCCCCCUCUCCAGAGCACGCCACUGUAUGUACCUCAUAUGCUUGUUAUGAUGAAAUUACAAUUCCAUUUAAAAAGUGCUCAAUAAAAUAAAAUAAUAAAACAAACAAUUAUCUAAAAAUUAAUUGUUAACAUUAAAUAUAAUAUGCCUCAUUAUUUCAAUGCAUAGUAAUAAUUAAUAUAACAGAACGUAUAAUAUGUGUUUAGGAUUAUCAAUUUUACAAAAAAAAUACAAUAAUGGGAUUUAAUUCGAAAUCUCGUUUUGGAUUGGCUCUGACUAGUUUAGGUGAUAUAAAUUUAGACGGAUAUGGAGGUAUGUUGGUUCAUUUAAAUAUUAGUACUUUUCUUUUUACUAAAGAACUAUUUUAUGAUUCGUUUUAAUCUUCAGAUUUUGCCGUUGGAGCUCCGUACGACGGUCCUGGUGAAUUGGGUGCAGUAUACAUAUACCUCGGGACAAGAAAGGGUGUUCGGGAAAAGUACUCUCAAGUGAUUAAAUCUGAAGACGUGUCCAUAGGACAGCGUGUAUCGACAUUUGGUUUUUCGUUAUCCGGUGGAACAGAUUUAGAUAACAAUCAGUACCCAGACCUGAUCAUCGGUGCUUACGAGUCGGAUACAGCUUACUUCAUGAGAUCUAGACCAGUAGCUCAAAUGAGUACAUCUGUAUCUUUCUUGUCUGACAAUAAAAAAAUAUCAUUAGAAAAUAGAAAAUGUACAACCAAAGAUGGCACUCAGGUUCCCUGUUUGUUUUUGAAAAUUUGUUUACAGUACACAGGGAUUGGAGUUGACGAUCAACUGGGUAAGUACCGAAACAAAAGAUAUUUACAUCAUAAUUUGAAAAAUUAUAAACUGCAAUUAUUAUUUUAUAGAUAUUGAGAUGCGUUUAGUGUUGGAUGCUAAAAAACUAAAAUUUCCGAGAAUGUUCUUUUUGAUGGAAGAAAACCAAAAUGUACUGAACCAUAGUUAUAUAACAUUGGACAAAAAUAUUCCGUGGUGUAAACAAUUGAAUGUUUACUUAAAGGUAAAGAAUUUAAAGAUAUAAAAUAAAUGUCGCGAUUUUCAUCAAAAUUUAAAUUUAAAAAAAAGACGAAUAUACUUCACACGAUGGGUAGGCCACUGUUAUAGAUGAUAAGUUGGUUAGAUUGAAUAUAGAUGGAAAUUUAAUGUAUAUCUGAAUGCAAUGAUUAAUCAUUGUUAACGAAAAACGAUUCUGAGCGAAGUUCGGUUAUAUUCAUGUUUUAAGAGGACGUAAUAUUUACAUUUUUCAUUAAAAUUAUAUAUUUAUAUAUUAAUUUAUCUUUAAUUUUUAGAACUAUACUUUUAUAAAUGCAUUAUAAAAAUAAAUUAUUAACAAUUUUUAAAUUUUAACUAUUUUCAUAGAACUGUUAUAUUCAUAAAAAAAAGCCCAAGAGUAGGGGUGUGUACACCCAACCCCUCCCAUGUGUACGGUUCUGCGAUACUAAGUAUAACAUUUGACGUAUUGUUCACAGAUACAAAAAAUAAAUAUCAUUGUAUAACCAAUACAUUCCUUACAUUCCUAACUCCCAUUCCCAAUUCCUUAAUAAUAAUUGGAACGGGUGCAGCCACUAUUAUAGAUAAUUUAAUGUAUACCUAAUGUAUACAACGAUAAACCAUUGCUUACGAAAAAACGAUUCUGAGCUGAGUUCAGUUGAUAGUGCUGCUUUGUCAACAAUAUACAUGUAUAUGUUAUUUUAUAGUAAAAUAAUUAAAUUGAGUUUAUAUAUUUUCUUUAAUAAUAGUUGUUUAAUGUUGACCAAUUUUCUCAAUUUUCCUACGUUUAUCCCAGUUUUUCACAUUUAAUGGAAAAACACUAAGAAAAUUAGAAAAAUAACCUCUCUAAAGUACUUCCUAUGUGAAAUUUCCUGUUAGAAACAUUGUUAUCAUUAUAAUUUGGACCAAAGUUGCUGGUAAAAAAAUUAUGCAUAGAAAAUAAAUAUCGUAAUAUUUUAAUAAUAUAUUUCAUACAUUUUCUCGUUUUUCCUCCGUUUUUUUUGGUUUUUAAAAUUUGAUGAUAAAGUCGAAAAUCAUUAAAAUACCUCCACACACCGACUUUCUUUCAGAAAAGGUGAUACACUUAAAAAUCUGAGCAAGUCUUCUAGUACAAAAGUUUCGCACAGAUAAAAAAUAAAAAAAUAAACAUCUUUGUAAAACCAUAAGCUUCUUCUCAGAAUCUAAAAUAAUAGAAAAUAUUAAUAAAAAAAAUAUUUUCUAUCGUAUAUAUCAAGAUAACAAGGAAAUUGAAUAAAAGUAUACUUAGUACAUGAUAUCAUACUUACAUUUAUGCGUGGGGGGCAGGGACUCUUUACGCAAAAUAUGAAAUAAAUAAAAUAAGUAGGGACCAUGAUCACGCAUGGAACCGUUACCAUAAAUUAAUAUGAAACGUAAAAAGCGCUCCAUGCUCAAAUGUACAUGUUAUGAUUUAAUAUAAGUAUGAUUAUUCAAUUUUGAUGUUGUUAUAAUAUUAUAUAUGCGAAAAAAUAUUUGUAAAAUAUUUUCCAUUAUAAUUUUACUUUUUGUUUAUUUUAAAGUAUGAUUUUUUAAUAAAAAAUUUUGUAAAUAUCCAACAUCAGUAUUUAAUUUAACAUACAACAUACUACUAAGGAGAUCUGUGAUUUGAAAAUUAUUUACGGGAAAUUAUUUAUUUUUUCUAAAAAAAAUAACCCAUACAACUUUUCUCAUUUCACAAUCUAUUCUAGUACGAUAAUAAUUUGUAAUGAGUACAUUUUUACAGUCUCUUUGGAAUUUAUGUAAUUUGAUACUUUUAAUUAUAGUGUACAGUGUGCUUAUAUGUAAUUCAAAUAUGUCGAUAAAAGGAAAUGUUUAAAUCUUACGAUAAAAAUAAAAUUUGUUUAGUAAAAAAAAAAUUUGAUAAACGAAUUGCAUAUUGAAUAAUUAAAAUAAUUUUCUAACUAUAAUUACUUUUUCAUUGUGUUCAUUAUUCAAACGAGUUACAGUUAAAUCAACAUUGUUUUGUACAACAACGUGAGCCAUUAUAAAUUACAAUGAACUUAGCAUAUUAGAUAAAAUAAAUAAGAUUAACAUUAAAAUUUUUAAUAGCCCAUGGACUAAUUAGGAUAUAAUAUAAAAAAUCAUCAAAGUACACUGUACAAUAUAUCAAAAUUAAAUAUUUAAAUUACCAUCUUUUCAAUAUAAUAAUUGCUACAUUAAUUAUAUUUUGUUUAAAAUAUAUCUAAAUUGACUAAAUUACUAACAUUUUGUUAUGGUUUUAGAAUAAUAUUAAAGAUAAAUUAACACCGUUGGAAGCUGAAUUAUGGUACACAAUCAGAGAAGAAAACAGACUAUUUACAACAACUCUUACUCCUAUUUUAGAUCUGGAAAAUGAGCUCUUUGCUGUCUCAAAAGAUUCGAUAAGUAUACAAAAGAACUGUGGAAUAGAUAAUAUUUGUAUACCAGAUCUUCAAAUAUUUACACCGUAAAAGCAUACCACAAAAUGAUUUUGAAUUCAUUUUUUGAUAUAGUUUUUUUUAAUUAGGACUUCCAAAACCUAUUUACUUGGAUCUAAUGAAAAACUAAAAAUUGAUGUCAAAGUUCAAAAUCUAGGGGAAGAUUCUUUCGAAACUACUUUUGACAUGACUGUACCUCUGGGUGUUAACUAUGUAAAAAUAGAAAAAUUAGAUGAUAGUGAAAAAGACAUACCUGUACAAUGUUCAGCUCCAUCAUCAAUGACAAACAAUACUUUACACUGUGACAUUGGAAAUCCUUUGCCUGGAAAUAAAUCUGUAUGUUCUAUAGUUUCAUACAGCACUUUAGUUAUAUUUAAACUAUUUAUAAUUAUUUUAUGUUCAGGUUCAAUUUAGAGUGGUUUUUGAACCAUAUACAACUACUGAAACAAAAGACAGAUAUGAAUUCUUUAUGAUAGUAAAUAGUACAAAUCCAGAAACUUUAAGUUCUACAUCCAAUAACAUACAUACCUUAAAAAUACCACUUUGGGUUGAAACCGAUCUUAUCAUAGAAGGUUCAUCAAAACCCGUAGACGUACAUUAUAACAUAACAAUGGAAGAGAGUCUUAAUAUAACUGAUGAGAAACAAAUUGGACCACAAGUCAUUCACAUAUAUGGAAUCAGAAAUAAAGGACCUUCAGAUAUAUUAGAAACAGAAGCUUACAUCGACUGGCCCUUAUUUACAUUAGCAGGUACAAAUAUAAUACAUUUUUAAAAUAAUUUCCAAAAAUAAAUUUUUUAUAAUGUUAUAUUAUUACACACAAAUUACUAUUUUAUUUUAAAUUUGAUUUAACAAGAUAUUAAUUAAAUUAUUUAUUUUAAUUUAAAUGUUUUUAUUUCAGGUGAGCCAUUGUUAUACUUACUUGAAAUGCCUGAAACAAACGGACAAGUAAAAUGUGAAGCUUUAGAAGAAAUCAAUCCAUUGAAAUUAAAUGUAAUUAUUGAUUUUAAACGUAAAAUUAAUUAUUGUUUUCAACAUUUAUUCAUUAUAUAUGUAUGAUUACAGAUUGACCGUAAGAAAAAAACAUAUUUUGAAUCGAGUGGCUUAUUUUCUAGUGGUUCCGGUUUAUCCGGCAAUGCUAAAGGUGAUGGUAGCAGUUUAAGUUCUAGUGAAAUCAUAACGGGAACUAAGACAUUUACCGAAUUAACAGAAGAAGAAAAAAGACGUUUUCUAGACAUUCAAAAGAAACACGAAGAAGAUUCAAAAUUAAAUUGGGGCCAUGGUUUGCAUGAACAAAAUAUUAGGUAUACAAAUUCAAAAACGGAAACAACUGGUUUCAUAGAGGAAGGCGGAAAAUCCACUGAAAAUAAUGAAGCUUCUGGCACUUCGAUUGUCAACGUUAAUCAAGGGCCAACGUUCAUUGUUGGUUCUUCAGAAAACGUAGGUCUAAUUAAAAAUGAAUAUGGAACCAGGGGAUCUAGUUCGCUGGAUUCUUCUGUUUACAUGGGAUCGUCUUCUCAUAGUAGUGAAAAAUCAGGUAGUACAUCAAAUGCAGGCGGUCAUAGAGUGCAAGGUGGAUCAGGUUCUUCUACUGCAGUACAUAAAGAGGAUAUUCAAGGCAGUAUAGAGUACAGUUCAUCUAGAGGAGUUUAUGGAGCGGCGCAUUUUGAUGAAACAGAAUCCGAUAAGUCGCACUUUGGGUCUGCAAGACCUAGUAUUCAAGAAUCGUCUAGAGGAACUGUUGUGGGUACUUCGCACCACUUUGGAACCGAAUCUAGUACACAAAGAGAAUCGUCCGGAGGCACUUUUGCCUCUACUAAACACAAUGAAGCCGGAUCCCGUUCUCGAAAUGAGGAAUCGUCUGGAAAUGUUGCGGGUACAUCGUAUUUCGGUGCGGGAUAUGCAGAUUCCAGCCAAGGGUCAUCAACCCACAGAGAAUCGUCGGUAAAUAUUGAAAACAAAUCGCGUUUCGGAACGAAUUGGGAAGCCCAAGGAAGUGGAUCGUCCGUCACUGGAGAAUCAUCAGCAGGAAACAUUGCAGAAAGUAUAUCGAAUUCCGGUUCAGCUGGUUAUGAUUCCCACGGAUGGUCAUCUAAUCAUCACAUACGAAAUGGAAAUACUACGCAUGUCGAGAACGGCUUGUUAGAUUACCAUGAUGCAAUAAGUAAAAUUAAUACUGGCACCGUUACGAAAGUUCUGAGCAGCAUACCGGGCGACGACAGUGACCUAUCAAUGAACCUCCAGAAUACAGUAACCGAACGCACGGGUCAAGGGUUCAAACAAGUGAAAGUCGACGAGUCGGAAACCGUGUACAAAUGGAAGACCGUGGAUGGCAAAUUAUACAAGGUGAAAAACGUAGAUGACUGGAAGUCACUUAUCUCUCAGGAUAUAUCAACAGAAGUGUAUGAGGCCCAGGACUAUAGUCCGCAAGACUUGAGGAAGCCCAUAUCAUCUGAAGACAUUGAUGGCAAGUUCAAGUUGUACAAGAGGUUCAAAAGGGACAUAGAGACCAAACAGUGCAGGCCCACCCAUUGUGCAACGAUCAAAUGCAAAAUUGGUCCGCUAUCCAAGGACCAAGAAGUUUGGUUGUCAUUCAGAUCGAGAGCAUGGGUCAACACACUAAAAAAGGUAUUUAGACGGUACCUAAAAACGAUGCAUUUAAUAAAUUUAAAAAUUAAUUAACCUUUUAAGGGGGCAAUGAAUCGGCCGGUGACACUGAGCUCAAUGUUAUCCGCCAAAGUCACCAAACUACCAUAUAUUGGUAAGCCCGACAGCAAACUGGCUCAGGUCAAAAGUCACGAAGUGUUUACACAUAUCGUUCCCAGGGACCUCGGAGUGAAACCAGACAUCAUCCACCCAUGGUUUGUUGUAUUAGCUGCUGUUGCAGGGACUGUUAUUUUAUUGUUUCUGGUCUUCCUGCUCUAUAAGGUAAUAAAUAUUUAAAUUGAAUCAGGACUUUUAAAUACAAGCAAUAAUUGUAACACCUUAUUAAAUACUUAUAUUUAAAUAGUAACUGCUUACAGUAUAGUUUAUCUAAUUUUCAUUAAUAUCAAUUAUCAGUAGUACCACUUUUUUCUUUUAAAAUAAUAUAAUUAUUUCAGAGUGUAGUAAAUACACAAACUACACUAGUAUAGAAGUCUGUGAGUAAAUAAUAUCUUUUAAUUUUUAUAUUAUCUAAACAGCAUACAAAUAGAAUUUAUUAAUAUUUAUACCAAAAAAAAAUAAUUCCAAUACAUAAUAAAUUAUUAUUAUUCUUGUUUAUAGUGUGGGUUUUUCAAACGUAACCGACCGUCCAAUGCACCAGAAACACAACCACUGACACACAGAAAUGGUCAAGCCGAACUUUAUCAAACAGGAGAUGAAGCUUUGUAGACUAUUGAAACUGUUAACAUUUUUCUGCCAAAAUAAAAAAUAAUAAAUAAAUAUUGAUUGAAAAUAAAUAGCCAUAUUAAACCACUUAACUUAUAUAAUUUGUUAUUAUUUAAUUUGUAAAUAUUUUGAAAUAACUAUUUUAGGAAUGUUUUUUUUUCUUUUUGUAAAUAGUAUGUAUACAUUUGUUUUCUUAUAUUAAAAAAUAAUGUAAAUUCUAGUUUUAUUGUAAAUUGAAUUAUUAAUUAAUUAACUGUACUUAAAGCCUCUAAAGUAAUUAUUUUUAUACAUAAAAUAAAUUAAUUGUAUUGUUUUAAAAUUAUAACGCUCUAGUCUAAAGUUUAAAUUGUAAAUUAAAUUACAGUUUUAUACUAUACAAAAUUAACAUUUAGUUGAAAAAUUAGUUUUUAAUUUGGAUUUAAUUUUAAUAAGACAUUAAUAAAUUACGCUUGUGAAAUUUUAAAAAAUAUAUAUAAUUUUACUUAUUUUAAUAACGACUGAUAAUAUUUGUUUAUGUAUUAUUACUAUUUAAUAAAAUGAAAAAUGAAUUGUACAUUAUAAAAAUAAUAAAUGAUUUGUUUAUGUUUUAUUAAUUUUAUAUUUCCUUUAAAGGUAUGUGGUAAAAGUAUUCAAGUAUUUUCCAAUAAAAACUAUUUGAUAUUUGACAUUAUUAUUAUUUUACUUGAACAUCAGACGAUGAUAGGCAACAAACUAGUAGUGAUGUGAUAACAAAUCAGAGAACUUACCCAUUGUUAUUAUCAUUGAUUUUAAAAAUCGAUUGAUAAUAUCUAGAACCAAAUAUCUAUUCUAGUUAGAAUUGAAUUUUCAAAAUGUAAGGUAUAUAAAUAUGAUUUUUCAUAAAUAAUUUUAAGAUAUGAUAAUAGAAAUAUAUUUCAAUGAAAAUAAUGUUAAUAUCUAAUUUAGUAACUCAAUGGUCGUAGGUAUUACAAAAACUAACUAACAAAUUGCCAUUUUUACAUAAAAUAGCAUCACAAUUUAUAAUAUCUUCUGGACAAACAUUUUGAAAUGUAUUUAAGAAGUAAAUUCUUUGUCGCGCAUAUGGAUACCAUUCUGAAAUGUAAGUCUUUUUAUUUGAGGCCCCAAACGAGAUAUGAUUUUCUGUAUCCAAAGACCAAUCAGUCCAACAAACAAGACCAUGGCAUGUACCUUUGCUGAAAACAGAGAAAAAGCAUACUUAUUUAUAAAAAAAAUAUAUUAUUUAAAACAGUAAAAACAAAGAU